AUGCUUCAGUUAAAGAGAGUGUACACACACACUCUUAUGGUUUUAACAAACAGGUGUGUCUAUAAACAUCAGCCCUUGUUAAAACAGUGUUGAACCUGAGCACUAUAGUCUUUAUUUUAAAAAGGACCUUUCUGUGUGCGUUAGAUGUGAUGCACAAGACCCUUAACAGAAAACCAUUCACCUCAGCUACGAAUUAAUCGGUGUAAUUGUGUUGUACUUCGCUUCUUUCAGAACCACCACAUUUUGUUGUGAAACCUCGUGACCAGGUGGCUGCACUGGGCAGAACUGUAACUUUCCAGUGUGAAGCAACUGGAAACCCUCAACCAGCAAUAUUUUGGCGAAGAGAAGGAAGUCAGGUAAAACGAACAUUCUGAAGCUUUGCCAAAGCACCUAGAUAACACAAGGCCCAUUUUUGUCUGCUAGUGCCCAGUGCUCUCCUGAACCAACAUCCUCCAAGUGCCUGUUGGAUGACUGGCUAAGCUCGUUUGAUUUUUUUCAAAAUAUGUGUGUAAGCUCUGCCUACGUUACCUGGUUGUUGUAAAAAGUCAGGACUAGUAAAAAGUGUCUAAUUCCUUGGCAAACUCAACAUACAUCCUGGCUUUACACUGACCCCUCUGUUCCCUGUCAAUUGUCCCAUGCAGGAUGAAAAACCAGGAAGCUUCUCAAGAAUUUUGUAGGCUGUAGUACAUGCUUCAGGACUGUGUACAGUUCAAGAUAUUCCAGUUAAUUUUUUUAAAAUAUAGCAUGUGGCCUGAGACAGAAUUUUCAGUCAAGCUGAGGGGGGAUUUUAAAUCAACUUUGUUGAACAGGUGCCAAUGGGUAGCAAGAAAAUGAGAAGGAAAAGAACCAUGAUAGGGAUCUGUUAGUGCUUAGCAUGAAAUGAAACACAGUGUAUCCUAUUUGUUUGGAAUAUAAAGCUUAAUUGGAAGAGAAAAGUACUAAAAGCCCUCCUCUAUGAAAUGAAGCAUUUAAAUAUAUUUUAGUUAGACACGGAAAAGUGAAUCUGGCAUUUGAUUCCAAGUGUAUGUGAAAUUCUGUUCAGAUCAAUUAUAGUAGCACAAUUUCUUUUUUGUUUCAUCUGUGGUUUGUCAUACAGUGUAUGUCGUGGAUACAGGGAGGGAGGUACUGUACUAUAAGAAUGUCCAAAACCCCAUUGGGUAUCAAGAGCUAGAUACAUGUCAAGGCAAAGAGAAGGGGGGAAAAAUAAAAAAUACAAAGAGGUGGGUUUUUUAAAAUGUGAGAAUAAAGAUAAUAAUAAAUGGUAGUCUCUUUCAACUGCCAGAAGUCUACUAUUUCAUAUACUAAUAAGCAGACAGCAUUUUGUUAGUGUUUUUAGUAAGUUUAUACUACAAAAAAGAGCUUGACAUAUAUUUGAAAUUAUAAUUCAUAUAUUUGCAUUCUUAUUACAUGUGGUUUUACUCGUAUCGUAUGUGAUGGUUUUGUAACUCAUAUCAUGUGUGAUGGUUUUGUUCCAGAGGUCUAUGCAUAAAUGCAAAUAACAUGUAAAGUCAGGAACCUCCAGAGGUGAUUCUCCGCCCGCAAGGUGGAAGCUGCUUACCUGGCCCUCCUGCUGCCUCUCCAAAGCACAGAAAGCCUUCCAAUCACAGCAGUGUGCUAGUGAGAGAGAGGAAAAAUAAAUGGAAAAUGUGUUUCCUCCUUUCCCCAUUUACUUAUUUAUUUCUCCUCCUUAUGUGUGCAAUCACAAUAAGUAAACUUAGCAUAUGAUGCAAGUUACCUGUAUAUGAUAGACAUGUUUGAUCAUGUUUGCAUGAAACAGGACAGAUGGUUCAGUUCCUCUAGUCCAGUAUUCUGCUUAUAACAGUGGUCAAUGAAAUUGAUGGCCAUUCUCCCUAGCACACAGUACUCAUACUGUCCCAUCUGAAUAGCUUCCAUAUAACUAUUAUCAGUGCUUUUUUUCUGGGGGGACGCAGGGGUACACAUACCCCUAAACAUUUUGUGAAUCUAAGUUUGGCCUCAUUGAGGGGCAGUAUUUCAAUAUGGAUAGGAAAAUGAGAGUAUCCCUAAACAUUUUCUUUUAGGAAAAAAAGCACUGACAAUUAUGGACAUUUACUCCACAAAAAUUGUCUAAAAGUAUAAUAAGAUACACUCUCCUAUAUAAAAAUAACAGUCUCCCCCCAGCUCAUGAAGAGAACUAUUAUAUGGCUUUAGAUCAAAACCCUACCAAACUGCAGCAAUAAUGCACUUGCUAUGGUCUAUCUAGACUGGUUCUACCUAAUACCAUCCUUCCCUUAAAUAUAUUGGCACUUUUAAGUUUAUGUUCACAGCUGUACGUUGCAAACAUCUGGUAAUUAGCACUGGGGCUGCAUAUAUCCUUGAGUAUUGAAUCAAAAAGAAGUUCAAUGGGACAUUCUCAAAUAAGUGUGGUUAGCAUUGCAGUCUUAGAUAUGUUGUUAUAACCAAUGUAUUAUUUGUUGUUGUGGCCCAUGGGAAUCCAAGUUUCAGUGUUUAGUCACAUCUAUCUUGAGUGGUGGACUGUGUUGCAGCAUCACUUUUGUAUCUGAAAAAUGGUCCUAUAACCUUCAUAAUAUAGGUUAUUCUGAAUUUUAAAGUUGUAUAUAUCUAUGAAGGCUAAUCCAUCUAACUUGCUGAUUUCCCACUUUUUCUCCUUAUAUUCCAGAACUUGCUUUUUUCAUACCAACCUCCUCAGUCUUCCAGCCGGUUUUCUGUCUCUCAAACGGGUGACCUCACUAUUACAAAUGUCCAGCGAUCUGAUGUUGGCUAUUAUAUUUGCCAGACUUUAAAUGUUGCGGGAAGCAUCACGACAAAAGCAUACUUGGAGGUUACUGAUGGUAAGGUGUUUAAUUUAACUUUGCUUAUAAUGUAGCAGAAUGGUAACUCUAGCGUGGUAACAACAUGAUUUUGAGUUUAUAUGCUUUCUACUAUAUAAGGUGUUUUUUAAGGUGAAAAUGCAUUUGAUUGCACUACACAUAAGUAUGAUUUAAUGUGGGAGAGACAUUACUUGAUAAGAUUAAUGUGUUUUUGCUUAGGCAAUUGUAACUUCAAUUUACCUUUCAAAUUAUCAAGCACUCAUAGUGUGUUGAAUCUGGAUGUCUUGAAAUGAGCUGUGUUCCUCAUCUCACAGUUCAGUCUCCCUUCAUGUGCCUUAUGCAUCUUCUGGUAAAGAUAAUCUGGUUUCUUAAACCACAAUUUCUCAUGAUAUCUGGUGGUAAAAUGUAGCAUAAGAAAACCUGGAUAUAAAACUAGGAUCAGAUCCUGGUUAAUUAGACAUGACAGGAAAUUGUGGUAUUGAAAAACAGAAUAUCUUCACUAUAUGGGAAACGUGUGAGACGUGGCUUUUCCUAGUCCCCAAAAAAAGUUUAUUGGGCUGAAUUUGUGACCUCUGAACUGCACCUGUUAAGUUUUAUUGUGACAUUUAUUUCAGUUCAAAGGUAUCCUUCCAAAACAGUAAGAACGCUGCAGCAUCAGUCAGAAAAUAAUAGAGCUUUUUAAGUGGAGCUAGAUUCCACCAACUGAUAGUGUUGCAUAAUAAUUUUGAUGAAAUCUAAUAGUGGUUUGCACACAUAUCAAGAAACAAAUCAACUGGCUGAUCAUUGAAAAAGUUAACUCAUUAAUGGCAUUAGAAGAAUCUAGAUGAAGGAGGCUGGACUAGAGAAAGGGGCAUCUUUCAAAGAAGGUGGGAAACUUUGUCAGAGUUGUUUUCUCUUCUAAGGUUGUUGGAGCCAAGCACAUGUCUGGAAGAGUCAAAUGCAGGGAACUGCCUUUUCUCCUUAAAAAAAUAUUGCUGGAUAUUAACACAUAUUCUGUAGUUGAACACCAUAUUAUUGUCCCCUGAAUAUUGCAUGCUUUAUUUUCAUUACUUAUUUAAUUAUCUUUAGAUUCUUGUAAAGCCUGAAGCAACCACUGUUGCUUAGAAGAUUAGAAAAUCACUUCCAGUUGCAUAAAACUUUUUCCCUUCCCUGUUGUUUCUUCUGCCAGUUAUUGCCGACCGGCCUCCCCCUGUCAUUCGACAAGGUCCUGUGAAUCAGACUGUCGCUGUGGAUGGUACUUUAGUACUCAGCUGUGUGGCUGCAGGCACUCUAAUGCCAACAAUUCUCUGGAGAAAGGAUGGCACCCUCAUAUCCACACAGGAUUCCCGCAUCAAGCAGCUGGAAACUGGUGCAUUACAGAUUCGAUAUGCCAAGGUAGUUUGAAACUGAAACCACACAAUUCUUUUUAACUUUGCUUGCCUUGAGGCCCUGAACAUUGCAGCCUCUAAUUUUAGAAUUAAUGAAAUGUUAAAUAACUGUAUUAAUAUCAUCUUUAUUUGCUUCUUCGUGUCUUGAGAUAGCUUAUUCUGCAUUCCCAAAGUACCUUAGAUUAUAACAGAGCCGCUGGCAAGUUAUUUCAGUUUUCAUAAGUAAGAUUCUUCUAAGAAGAAUUAAUUUAGAAAACUGUUUAAACAUAGAAGAUGGGAUGGUGGUGCAGCAAUGCUUAGGAAUCCUCUUCUUUGGUGAUCACUCAUAGCCAAGUAAGAUUGUCUUCCAUGAACAAGGUCUUAACAGUGAGUCCAAAAGUGACUGUGGAGGCCAAUUCUGGAUCCAUGCGUCCUUCCACAGUGGGGACAUAGGUUUCCGGGUGGGAAUUGAUCACGGUGAGGGUCUGCCAUAUGUGCCUUCCCAUUAGCUCGUUUCUCCCUUUAGUCCUGGUUGUAACCAUAAAUGUUUUGAAUCCCUGUUUCACUUGCUGGCAGGCAUGUGAACAGUAAACAAGCUCCAGUGUUUUUGCAUAACAUGAAAGCUAUACAAUUGUAUUGUUUCAAAAUAUUCUCUACAGUUCAUUUAUUAUAAUUUCUCUACUAGAAGUUAUCCCUAUUGUCCUCGUGCUUCCUGCCCCCCCUUUUUUACUACCUAUACAUAUGCAGGAAAGAUUAUUAAGAUUAAAAUAACCGAAUACAGAGCUGGCUUCCGGAGGGUUUAUGGAAGCAUGCUUGGUCAAUGUGUUAUUCCUUUGAGACAAGUUGUAGCAAAAUGGUUUGCGUUUUUCCAAGGAAUAUGAACACCUGUUUUUACUUGCUAGGUGUUUUGCCUUAGGAUAACUUGGUUCAUGUAGUUAGGCCAAAUGUAAAGACAUCUUUUCAUACAAUACAUUACCUGAAACCAUGUAGUUACCUGCCCAAGCAACACUUUAUGCCAGCACAGAAUUACUGAACUCUUCCGUUUGGCGGUGGUGUUUUUUUAACUUUUAGAUUGACCUUUUUAGAGUGGUUUAAUCUUUAGUUGUGUGUAUUUAGAGGCAGUUUCAGGUGGGCUGUGCCUGGUGUUUGACAGAUUAUACUAUAUGCUGUCUGUGUUAUCCAAGUCAGUUCCAAAAACAUUUUCAACUUCAGCUGUGGACGUUAAAAUCUUACAAUACAUAUGGACAAGCAAAUGGAGCAAAAACUAACGUCAUAUUAUUAUAUUAUUAUAUCUAUUAUUAUUAUCAACAUUUUUAUUAUUUUACGGUGGAACUGUGAUGAAGUCCUCACUUAGUUUCUUUUCUAGCAUAGUGACUCAAUGGUGUUUUUUCUCCCUGAAGAAACCUGUGAUAUUUUGGGGGCAAAAGGAAGCCCCUAAUUCUCCUGCAAGCAGUUUCAUUGAUUAAGCAUCUUUCUUACCUUUUAAUAAAGAAGGAUGGGAUAUCAUAUGGAAUUUAAAAUAUCAGUCCUGAGCAGCGGUGGAACUAGUCUUCCCUGGGCGAGCCGGGGCCAAGGAGCAUGGAGGGCGACAUGAGGACAUAGCAAGAGGGCAAGCACACAAACUUCCAGUCAGUCUGUUUAGCACGGGCUGGAAGGGUGACAUGGGGAUGCAGCAGAGCAGGCUCAUGCCCUUCCAAUCAGCCCAAAUGGUCUGAUUAGAAGGCCGCAUGCCUGUUGCAUUCUCCUGAUGUCCUGAUUGGCAGGGUGCAUGCCUACUGCGUUCUCCUGAUGCCCAGCUAGCCCCACACUGCUUUGCAAGGCUGGGAUGUGGGAUCGGACUCACAAAGCUGGAAAAAACCUGCACCCGGGGCAAUAGGCCCCCUCACCCUGCACAUGCUACGCCUCUGGGUCUUGAGGUCAUCUCCCAGCCCACUCCAUGCCCAGAAACUGCAAUUAUUUUAUUCACAAAAGAAAGUAAAAAUGACAUUCAAAUAAUUUGUCCUUUAACUUCAUAUGCAAAUGCAUUGUUGCACUGUCCUUGUAGUAGAGUCAUAUCACACUCUCUUUAGCAAUAGUUAAUAUUCCUGUAGGGUUUUUUUCUGCAGGGUUUACCUAAAAAAUUUCACAACUCAGCAUUUUAAAACUUGGCAAGAUUUACUUCUACCAUUGUUUUCUAAAUGGAACCUAACCUCUAGGAAAUUAUAAUCCUCUAUCGUUUCCUCUAGCAAACAUAGCACGUGCACACCCUCUUCUGGGAACUGCUGCCUGUUUACUAAUGAUAAUAAUAACUUAAUGGAGCUCAUAGAAACAGAAGCUAUCUCAUGGGAUGUAGAGGGGGACGGGAAAGUCACAAGGCUAUGCAAUUUUGCCUCUGCAUCACCAGAAAAGUAUUUUUUCUAAUUAAUUUUUGUUAAAGAUCUGAUACAGCUUCUGUCUACAGGCAAUUUAGGAUCUGACCUAUGUGUUAAAAGGCCACAUGUUAGAGAGAAGCUACAUGGACAGUGAAUACUUUAAAGUUUCCUAAGUAAACAUCCAGUAAGCAUUGUGAAGUUAACUGUAGUGCUUGGAAAUAUACAAAAACAGCAUGAAGCACGUAGUUUUCAGAGACAUAUAUAAUUAGGUACACCAAAAUGAUUUUUUGAGCCUGGUGUGCUGUGCAUGGAUUGGCCCUCCUCAGUUCUUCACUGGCAAUUUAUUGGCAAGAACUCAGUCUAAUCUACCUCACAGUGUUGUUGUGAAAGGACAGCUCUGUACACAGCUUUGAGCUCUUAGGAGAGAAAGUAACAUACAAUUACAAUGCAGCAUUCACAGACCAUGUAAAGCAAAAUAAAGAGAUACAAAGCCAGUAAAGCAGCUCUUCCCACUUCAAUUACUUUAAUUUUAACAUUCCACAUUUCUGAUAUUUCACAGAAAAAUAAAAGAGAAGUUUUCCAACCUUGAAAACAACAAAAAGAAAGAUUUUCUGUGCAUGUGCAAUUUUGCAACAUUGGUUACUGAACCACCUCUCAGCCUAACCUACCUCACAGGGUUGCUGCAAAGCUAAAAUGCAGAAUUCACAGGCUAUGCAGAGAGAAAUAAACAUGCACAGAACCAGGAAAGCAUAUCCCAUGCUUUAACAUCAAAAUUGUACAGUUCUGAUAUUUUAUAGCAACCCCCCAAGUUUGACAACCUUGAUAAACAAUCAGAAUUACUCAGAGCACAAGCACUUCCUAAAAACAACAAAGCAGCAAAGGAAUCAUAUGAAGGAAAUAUUUUGAAGUACCCCCACUUCUGUCUUCAGAAAUCCUGCGUCUCAACUCUAUAAUUAUCCUGAGUAUGAGUCAGUGGUGAUUGCUGGUGCUUCCGUCCCCUCUUCCAGAGGCUGCAGCAAACAACUUUUUACGCACACACAGUAACCCAAGCAGGCACCUGCAGCCACAGAUCAGGCACCUGUGAGCUUCAUGUAUUUGCUAUGCACUUCUACCAGCAGUUUUUCUUCUUCUUCCUAUUUGCUGGCUCACUCCUUCAACAUGCUUGACCGGUGGGUGUCUGACUCCUUACUGCUUCAUCAUUCCAGCUCCUUUCCAAAAGCUGAAGCACUGCAAAACAGCUUCCUUUUGGAUCAUCAUAUGUCCACAUCUAGCACAGCUGAGAGCCAACUUUGUGUCACUGAGACCAGGCAGUCUACUCCAAAGCAGUAGGGGAGCUGGGCUGAAGAUAGCUCUGCCUAGUCAUGGCCAGCUGCUGAAGCCUAGGCACUGGAGACAGGCAGCUUCUCAGUAUCGCGCCCCUCAAAACACUGGACCUGGCACAGCUGUACCAAUCUCUUGGUUCUGCUGUUAAUAUGAAACUAUGGAGGACAUUCUCUUAUGUUACUUUAAACCCCCAUCCUGCACUGCUCUUUUCUACUAAACAGAGUGUCACACAUAUACCUUUUUGCAAUCAAACUGUAUAUAAAUUUUAUAUGAAAUAAAUCAUUUUAUCUCAUUCAUACGUCCCCCACCAAACACACCAUAAAAAUAUUGUUCCUCUCAUCCACACAUCGCUAAAGACCCAUUCAUAUACAUAGUCACAUGUCUCAAAUAUCCUACCAGAUAAUGCACACUCACUGAGCACCUCACAUUUCCAUACAUGGACACGUACACAGACGCGUCAAUAUAGUGUGAUGAAUUUCCCUGAGAGAUAUUUCCCAUCCCUGUCCCAAGUGCUUUGGAGCGGACAUGGGAAAUGGAAAUGAAGAUGGAUAUAUCAGAUGCUAUAUAGGAAACAUGAUUAUGGGUAACUUUCUAGAUCUGUAGGGUCUUUCCCUAACCCACUUCUAAAGAUCAUAUUUAAAGCAAAGGUGUGGAAACUGUGGCCCUCCUGCUAUUGCUGGACCACAGUUGCCAUAAUCUCUGACUGUUGGCCAUGCUGGUUUAUGGGCUAUCUAUAUAGAAAAACAUAAAAGUUCUUUUCAAUCUCUGUAUCUAAAGAAGGCAUAUCAUCUGCCAGGAGACCAGAAAUAGGUUGUAGAUAAAAAGGGAUGAUAAAAUAAGCCUCAAUAAAAACCUUGCCCUUGUAUGAGCUUUGAAAAUGAGAGAGAGAGAGAUCUCCCUGAUGUCUUUGUGAAAGAAGCCAUGGAGAGGAACUGAGACUACUGUCAAGAGUACACCUGCUGGCAGAAGCCUGAUGUGAGCAGGGAGCCUGGAAGCAGUAGCUAUGUGUGGCAGAGCAAAUAGUUAGGACCAAACCAAGUGAAAGAAUUAACGAGCGAGCUAAAAAUAAGGACCAAAUAAUACAGCAGAAGUAUGUGAGAAUUCAAGAAGACCUUGUUACUUGACCUGGAACAGGAAGUCCUCUUAUAACUCUUUGUGUCCAGGAGGGUCCAAUCAUUAGACAGAAUCAGUCCACGGCUUGAGGACAUUAAAGUAUCUAGGCAGAUGCCACAACAUGACUCCAGAAAAGCAGAAAUGUUAUUGUCCCCAUCAACAGAAAAAGUGGGCUAACACACCAUGUCACAUUGAUUGAUGGUGGAGAGGUAUUCCUCCUAGCAACCUCUGGUGUAUUCUUUAAAAGGACUACAAAUGCGCACUGAGAAGUUGGGCUAUAGACCACCACCCAAUCAAUGAGGUCUUCAGGGACCACAACAUAGAACAUAUGGAAAAAAAUAUUUUAAUCCUGUAUUCUAUGAUGAGUACAGAAGCCCAAUUAAAAUUUGAGCUCAACUAUUGCAUUUGAAUUUAGUGUAUAUGAGUAUCACUUUCUUCUAACAAAUUUUCACUUGGGGAACUUUGGGUGAGUUAAUGCAUAUUCAUUUGGGACAUCAAAUCUUCUGUGUCUCAGACUACUUCAGAUAUUUUUCUUUCUCUCCCCCCCCCCCCUUCAGCUGGGUGACACUGGUCGGUACACGUGCAUUGCCUCCACCCCAAGUGGUGAAGCAUCAUGGAGUGCUUACAUUGAAGUCCAAGGUAAAUCUGGAUAGAGGAGAAACUAUAAAAAUGAGUAAUUACAGUCUAAUGGCUCUCUGAUUAUGUAAUAAAUGAUAUAUACUAAUGUGAGCACACUGAUGAGCAUAUGUCUUUGAACUUUUAUCACUGUUCACUAGAAUUUGGAGUUCCAGUGCAGCCACCAAGACCCACUGACCCUAACUUGAUUCCCAGUGCACCAUCAAAACCUGAAGUUACAGACGUCAGCAAAAAUACAGUAACACUAUCAUGGAAGCCUAAUUUGAAUUCAGGUGCAACUCCAACCUCUUAUAUAAUAGAGGCGUUCAGGUAUGAUGUCUUUAUGUGAUCUGGUUGUGCUUAUGUUUUAGGUUCUUAAACUACAGGCAUGUACUAACCUGUUUCUGCUUGUGUGUGUGCUUUAUCCCUAGCCAUGCAGCUGGCAGCAGCUGGCAAACUGUAGCAGAAAAUGUGAAAACAGAAACAUUUGCAGUUAAAGGUCUGAAACCAAAUGCAAUUUAUCUCUUCCUUGUGAGGGCAGCCAAUGCAUAUGGAAUUAGUGAUCCCAGCCAAAUAUCUGACCCAGUGAAAACACAAGGUAAAACAUGUAUUUAAGACUGAACUAAAGACAACCAUUUGUUUAGAUAUGCUUCACUGAAAGGAAACGGAAAAGAAACACCCAUUUUAGGAAAUAAUGUUAAUACACUAUCUGCUCUUGUUCUGUAUGCAGCAAUAGAUAACAAGGCUGUCAACCAAAAAGGGGCUUAAUGCUGAGGAAACAUCUAUAGCAGAUCCUACUGAGAAACAAACCACUUUUUAAUCUAAACAGUUUAUUUCUGGGCAGUAGCCUCUGUAGCUUCACAUCAAAUCAAAAUCUGGAUAAGUACCGGUACACAGUUUUCUCUGAGAAAAUGUGCCAGCAGAGUUAGUAGUUUUCAAAAAUCAUCUGUUUAUUACAAUUAAAAGUUAGGUGCUAUGCUAACUAAACAUAAGUUGUCAUGAAAUCAAGUCAUUCACUUGCCUUCCAGCAUAAUGGGGUGGGGAAAACAAGCCGCAAUGCCAAAAUACAUUUGUGUGGCAUUCAGUACCAUUUUAUGAGAGAUAAAAUAUAAGCAGAUGCUUUUAAACUGAGUCAGAUCAUUAAUCCAUCUACCCUAGAAUUCUUUAUUUUUAUGGGCACUGGCUAUCCAAGGACUAAGGGCAGAAGUCAUGGAUUAUUUCAGAACAGACACAGUGUUAAGGUUAUACAUUGAGAUGAGCUACUUUUUUGUCUGCCAAAGAUAUUGUUGGGGGUAUACCAAGAAAAAUCAAUAUUACUAUUAUUAAUUCAGAAGAUUAUUCCAAACUUUGUGCUACACUAAUUGAACUAUACUUGACCCACUUGAAAUGCUUCUCUUCGUAUAUAACAACAUUUUAUCCAAUUGGCUCCAACAGGACCCUGCAACAGUGGAAAAGAACUUCCACACAUGCAAGUUGCACCCCAAUUUUCAUUAAUUCCCCUUUCCACUGCAGAUGCUCAAACCACAUCCAUUGCUGCUCCAAUUAUAAUGGCUUGGAAAUAUGGAAAAUGUAGGCGUACUGCAGAGUAAUGUUGCAGGCACAGAAGCUUGUCUCUUUGCCUGCUAGGUAGUUGGAGCUCCAACUGCCCAGCAGGUUCAGAGGCAAAGAAAGACAGCAUGCCCUGAGCUGGAGGAAGAUGACAGAUAGAGACACUUCAGUUCCUCCUUGGCUCUGUGUUUAUUUCAAAGCUGCAGCGGAAAAUUAGGUGCAAGACCCCAAACCUUGAGAGAGGGGAGUAUCUUGGCAAUCACAAACUUGAUUGGCCACCAAAGCCAUCCAAAAUAAUUCCCAACCCAAUUUAUUGAUCCUUGAUUUAUUUCUUGAUUGUGUCCCCAUUCUAUUUUGAAUGCAAUGCAAAAUAUACACUCAGUGGUACAAUCAAACCUGUUUUUCAAGUCUCUGUCAUGUAUCUUUUAAGGUUAACAAUAGUUUGUUGAAAUUGUUACAGAUGUUCCACCUACAAGUCAGGGUGUGGAUCACAAACAAGUACAGCGGGAGCUGGGUGAUGUUGUUCUACAUCUCCAUAAUCCUACAAUCCUUUCUUCUUCCUCAAUUGAAGUUCAUUGGACAGUAAGUAAAGCAAAAGUGCUAGUAGCCUAUAAAAAGAAUUUUCCCAACAGCAUACAAAAUACAACAACAUACUCAUGAUAAACUCUGAACAGAUGUUGAUAAGCUGCCUUGGAGGCAUUAGUAGCAUUAAUUGCUAUUCAUUAAUAAGCAGGCUAUACACACGUGCACACAUACACUCGUUGGGUUGCAUUCUGAUGUCAUGUUCAAAGAAGGAUCAUUUGCAGUUUGCUACAUUUUUCAGUUCACAUAUUUUCUUCUUCUUGAGAGACUUUGCUGAUUCUUAUAAUAAUAGAAUUGCAGAGUUGGAAAGGACCAAAGGGUCAUCUAGUCCAACCCCCUGCAAUGCAGGAAUGCGGGAUUCUUCUUCUUAGAAUUUGCACGUGAGCAGAACAGGGCAGCCUUAAACAAAAAAAACCCAGGAAUAUGUUGUUGUUUUUAAAGUGUAUGGUGAGAGGGGCAUACAAUAAGAUUGAAAAUAAAAGCUUUGGGAAUAAAAAAAUACACAAUGCAUAUCUAUUUAACUUGGAUCUCUUAUGUUUAAUCCAAACUCUCUGCCCAUGUCUCAGGGUGCUUUCAAUUUCUAUUGUCCAAUGUGCAACAAGAAAAAUGAAAGGGACUUUCAACAACAGUUUGCAAUAUGUCAUGAGGGCCUAAUGUUCAGAGAAAAAUAAAUAAAAUCCUACUGGGCAAGUGCUAUCACUUCAGUGUUUUUAAAGUAGCCUAUUAGACCACAGUCAAACAGAGCUGUGCUGCCAUUUGAGGUUAGUAGUAUUAAACUUCCAAGAAACAGGGGAAAUGCAAAAAUGAGCAAGCUCCAUGCUUUUCUGUGACUGCUAACAUGUAUUAGCACCUAAAACUGUUUACACUUGAUGCUUACUAAUGUAUUAAUAUGGCUGUUCUAUCUCCACGUUUAAGGUUGACCAACAAUCCCAAUAUAUUCAGGGAUAUAAAAUUUUGUACAGGCCAACACCUGGUUCUCAAGGAGAAUCUGAGUGGUUGAUUUUUGAAGUAAGGACACCAACAAAAAACAGUGUUGUGAUUCCUGAGCUCAAAAAAGGAGUGAACUAUGAAAUCAAAGCUCGACCUUUUUUUAACGAGUUUCAAGGAGCUGAUAGUGAAGUGAAAUUUGCCAAAACUCUGGAAGAAGGCAAGUAGCAGCAUGGCUGUCUUCAUAUUAUCUUUUUGAAUUACUUUUUUGCCUGUUUCCCCCUGAUGUAUUUAUGGCUUGAUGUUCUUUGAAGUGUGUUUUUUUUAUUGGAACUCAGCCCUCUGCCACGAAAGAGAACUGUCAAUGCAUAGGUCUGAUCAUUAUGUGAUUUGUUUGUUGACACAGAAGUAAAUAUUCAAAAGCAUGUGAAUGGGAAAUCCCCUCAAAGACAUAAUAGGAACUGUGAUGUUCCCCUCCGUCUCUUUCUGUUGAGUUCAUGGUCUGGUCACAAAUGACUUUGUGUCAAAUUCAGACACUUGAAAAUCACUGUCUAGAGUAGAUGGCAGACGCUGCUGUAACCAUGAAAGAGCUGCGGUUUACCUAUUAGGGGACUUCCUAUCUUCACUAGUUAUGAUAAGAGAUUUGAAGAUCAUGAAUGAAGACAAUAAGCAUGAGUUAAAUUAGCAACACUUAGCCUCCUUCCUAUUGGUAUGUGUUAUAUAUAAAUAUGCUCAACAAACCCCCUCUCCCCACCCCACCAAAUGUGAUUACACCUCUGUGGAUGCUAAACAUAAUGCCUGAUAUAGGUAGAGCUAGAGUAUGUAGAAUUCUAAGUGCUGAGUGGAAAGUGGUUGAUUGUGAUGGGUCUUCUGAGCCCAUGGAUCUGGAAAACAAAACGUUUGAUGUGUGGAAUGGGUCUGUGUAAGACACAAUACCCUUCUCCCCCUUCAGUUUUUGAUGUAGUAUUUCUUUGCAAGGUACAUUCUUCUGCACUUGAACCUUUUUCUAGUAAUUCCAGGGGCCAAUAGAACAAUUUCCUUAUUGAUCAUGGAAUAUUCAUUCUAUAUGAGCCCAAAGUCAUUUUGUGGUUCUUCUGUUCUUUCCUUUUGUAGGUCUGUCCUUAGACCAAGAAAAAGAAUGGGCACUCACAGCUAAAUUGCCUGCCUGUUUUGUUUUGCUUUGUUUUGGGGUCAGUUCAAAUAUUUAAUUGGAGAGCUUAUUUUGUAUCCAAACACAAACCACCAACAUAUGAAGGAUGAACAGUGUGGAUUUUCUUGUACAGAUCAUGUGCACACGGGCAAUUUGUGAUCAUUAGUAGCUGGUUCAUUACAUUAAGUCUGUAACCACUGUUUGUGCACUUGGUUUGUUUUGUUUUCUUAUACAAACUCCAAAGCAUGAUCAAAGCUAUAGACAUUUUAAAUAGGUCUCAGAUGUUGUCCAGAGUUGUUGUUUUAUUAUUAUUAUUAUUGUAAUCGAUUUGUAUACUCUUUCUUUGAUUUACAGAAACUCAGUUAAUAUUUGAGGUAUUUGGAUCAUCAUGUCUUCAGUUUAUCACAUCAACCUUUGGGAAAUAGUUUGUUUUAAAUUAUACCCCUCCCCCUCAAAAAAGAUUGUCAAGGCAUCUUGUUGAAGAAACUUUUCAAAACUAGUAUUAUAUCUUCAAAAGCCCACUUGACCAGAUUCUCUGAUACCACGGGACAAAUAUUCUUCAUGAAUCUUCUUCAAUCACUUAUUGUAAUUACCGUAUUUUUCCAUAUAUAAAACUAGGAUUUUUUUACUUUAAAAUAAGGUUAAAAAUCUGGGGGCGUCUUAUACAUGGAUAGUGCAUAUGCCCAUUUUCUAAAUUUGGGGUCCCCAAAAGUAGGGGGCGUCUUAUAUACAGAAAAAUACAUCUGCGUGUCGCCAAAUCAGUUUUGUCUGCGUCCUUAGCUGUAGCCUUUUAAAAGCACUGCUCAGUGACAAUGAAACAGAAAAAACAGCUUUAAUCACAACCAUCCUUUCUUCCCACAAACAGCUCCAAGUGCUCCUCCACAAAGUGUUUCAGUAACUAAGAACGAUGGAAAUGGCACUGCGAUUGUAAUAACAUGGCAACCUCCCCCAGAGGAGACGCAGAAUGGGAUGGUUCAGGAAUACAAGGUAAUAUCUAGUUCUAACCUGGCAAAUUAUUGGCAAGCCAUUGACAGAGAAUUUGUUUGUGGUUUCUUGGCUCCAUCUGGUGGUAAAAAUCAAACCAUAAUAAAAGGAUAUGCCCGUAUCUUUUAAGUCUGUUCGUUUAAAAUUUUCAUAUAUGCAUUUGUGUUGUACUAGUAAAUAAACAUAUUGAUGUGCAAUCAGAAACCUAUAAAGUAUGCUAAUUCACUCUUAAACUGCUCACCUGCUUUUACUUUAUAAGAGAACUGCAGGCGUAAAUUAAAAGAGAAUAGUGACUGUGUACAAGCAUAUUAUGACACCAGUAAGUUAUCAUAAGAAAUGGACAUACAUAAGAGUAAGCCAAGCGUAAGAUUUUGUCAUUUUAGGAAUAUAGGAAAUGUACUAAUUUUACUUCUAGUUUUAAAAAAUUCUUAUUGAUAAGAACAUGGCUGAUGUGAAGAUUUUUGGAAGCACUGUUAGGAAAACAUAAGAGUAAUUUCUAUCAUGUUACAUUCUUUACAUUUGCCACUGUGCAAUAAUAUAAAACAAUCUAUCAUAUUUCUAAUCUGUUUUUAUCUUACAAUGUUUUCAAUUUAUUUCCACUGCUGCCCUCCAUCCCUUCUAGUCAACUUCCUUUCCCCAGGUCAGGUAUUCUCUCCUCAUACUUGUAUCCUGCCCUUCCUCCCAGUAGGAACAUGGAGCAGCCAACAAUGCUGUACUAUAUACACAUAAGGACAUAAUUAUAUAUAUAUAAUUUAAAACAUUAUUACACAACUAGAAAUGAAAACGUAAUAGAAACAUCAUUAGUAGAGAAAGCAAAAGUGAUAAAGUCAGCAAGAAAAGUUGGUUGCCUUCCAAGCACAUGAGAAAAGUUUUUUACCUUGUGCAUAUUAAAACACUAUUUGGAGAAAUGCCAUGGUUGGUUUGUUCGUCUCUGGCUUAGCAUUUUGUGUUAACCAGACCAAUGCCUGAGACGCUAAUGAAGACAUAUACAGUGGUACCUCGGGUUACAUACACUUCAGGUUACAUACACUUCAGGUUACAGACUCCGCUAACCCAGAAAUAGUACCUCAGGUUAAGAACUUUGCUUCAGGAUGAGAACAGAAAUCGCGUGGUGGCGGCGCAGCAGCAGCAGCAGCGGGAGGCCCCAUUAGCUAAAGUGGUGCUUCAGGUUAAGAACAGCUUCAGGUUAAGAACGGACCUCCGGAACGAAUUAAGUACGUAACCAGAGGUACCACUGUACAGGCCUCUAUAAUGGAAUGUAACAACGUACUCGCUAGUGUUUCACUAGUCAAGUGACUUGACUCUAGGGCAGUGAUGGGCAAACUUGGCCCCCCAGCUGUUUUGGGACUACAAUUCCCAUCCUCCCUGACCACUGGUCCCGUUAACUAGGGAUGAUGGGAGUCGUAGUCCCCAAACAGCUGGAGGGCCAGGUUUGGCCAUCACUGCUCUAGGGGGUACAUUUUAAAAAUGAACUAUCUAGAAAUUCCUCCAGAAUUCUUUGCCCACAAAUCCAGAAGUCUCCACAGCAGAAUUUUUUGUUUUCAAGAUUUGCCACUAGUACGUUAUGUGCCAAAAAAGGAAGGGCAGCUAUUAUUCAGCAGUGUAUAAGGAUGUAAGAUGAAGGUCUACCAGACUUGCAUGCUGAGCGUACUACUUUAUGGAAGUGAGCCAUGGGUAACUUAUCCCUGCCAAGAGUGAUGUGUCAGUGCCUUCCAUAUGCACUACACCAAUAAUUAAUGUGGUAUAUCCUUAUAAAGAAUGUUGUUCAUUCCUGUUUGAGUCUGUUUAGAGUGUUACAGAUGAAAUUGUAUUCUCUGCAUACUAGGCAAGGAGUAGAAUAACAGUUUACUAAUGCAAUGGACCUUGGGGAAAGCCAUGUAUUAUUUCCCACAGUUGUAGACUAUUGAAUUUUGCUGCAUUAAUACUUAACAUAUGGACAGUUUUGAAAUUUCAAAAAUAGAAGAAGUGUUGUAUAUUAUCAGGUAACCUUAUUCAGAUAGUUAUUCAGAUGGCUUGUUUUUAAUAGUGUUUAUAUCAGUUUAUUAACAGCUUUUACAACAGAGCUAUUAACUUAGCUAAAUGCAGCUUGCUAUGUAAAUCAGUAAAUGCCAUAUGGCACAUUUUAUAUCAUUAUUUAUUUAUUUCAAAGCCUAUGUGCACAUGAGAGUUGCUUUUUUUCCUUGCAGGUCUGGUGCCUUGGCAAUGAAAGUCGAUACCACAUAAAUAAGACAGUGGAUGGUUCCACAUUUUCUGUAGUAAUCCCGUCUUUAGUGCCUGGUAUUCGGUACAGUGUGGAAGUGGCAGCAAGUACUGGAGCUGGAGCUGGAGUGAAAAGCGAACCACAAUUUAUUCAGUUAGGUAAGUGAUUUGUAAUAACUUCCUGCUUUGUUUUACAUUUAGCAUUUGAUGCGGGGCAGGGGAAAUCCAGAUGUUCUGCAUUGUUUUAAUCAGAUGAGGCAAGAAUCACUGAGUGAGUUGAAUUUGCUUCUGCCAAUAAAACUCUUUUCAUUUUGGAAGCGUUGCAGAAACUCUUCUUCCCAUCCCAGCCCAUUAUUAGGCCAAAUUUAAAGGCUACUUAUAACCUUUAAAGCUCUGAAUGGCUUGGGACCAGGCUAGCUUCUCCCAUAUGUAUCUAGCUGAACCUUAAGAUCCUGUUCAUAGGCCCUGCUUUGUGUAAAACCCUGAAGAAUGAAGUGAGGCAAUUAACCACCAGGGAAGAGGGCCUUUUCAGCAAUGGCUUCAGUAGUGGAAUGAUCACUCCAAUGAGGCUUGCCAUGCACUAUCUUUAUGAUCUUUUCAGGACACUAGAAAACCCUUUUUUAAACACCAGAGCCUUUUAAGCCUAUUUGUCUAGGCUUUUGUUUUUUAUAUCCACUUUCAAUUUUGAGGAUUAGACAAGUCCUUUUUUUUUUCCUGAGGAAGAAGAUCACCCUCUUGAGAGCUUUCUCUCUUUUUUUUAAAUAAUAUUUAUUACUUUCCAACAAAUUAGACAUUACUUAAAAAAAGAAAAUAAUACAAUACAAAAACAAUACCUAACACUAAACUAACAAAAACAAUUUAAACUAAAAAAACAAAACAAAAGCAAUUUAAAACACAUCAAAUAGUUUCGAUCUUUCAUUCACUUGUUUCCAUGACCUCCUCACACCUCCCUUUUUGUAUUCCACUUCUAUUAGUUGUUUCAGCAAUUCCUUUCCAUCUUCCUCUGCUUUCUAUCCUACAAUUAUCUUAACACAUUUUGACCUUAUUUUCCCCUUUAAUUCUCUAUUAAUCUAUUUAUACUUAAUUCCUUAUAACAUUUCUGCUGAAGCCAUAUAACUUCAUUCCAACAUUUUUCUAACAUUCAUUAAUUUUACAAUAUUUCUGUAAAUAGUCUUUAAACUUUUUCCAAUCUUCUUCCACCGACUCUUCUCCCUGGUCUCGGAUUCUGCCAGUCAUUUCCGCCAAUUCCAUAUAGUCCAUCAACUUCAUCUGCCAUUCUUCCCGGGUGGGUAAAUCUUGUGUCUUCCAAUACUUCGCAAUGAGUAUUAUUGCUGCUGUUGUAGCAUACAUAAAAAAAGUUCUAUCCUUCUUUGGCACCAAUUGGCCGACCAUGCCCAGGAGAAAGGCCUCUGGUUUCUUCAGAAAGGUAUAUUUGAAUACCUUUUUCAUUUCAUUAUAAAUCAUCUCCCAGAAUGUCUUAAUCCUUGGGCAUGUCCACCAAAGGUGAAAGAAUGUACCUUCAGUCUCAUUACAUUUCCAACAUUUAUUUUCAGGCAAAUGGUAAAUUUUUGCAAGCUUGACUGGUGUCAUGUACCACCUAUAAAUCAUUUUCAUUAAGUUUUCUCUUAAAGCAUUACAUGCCGUAAAUUUCAUACCUGUGGUCCAUAACUGUUCCCAGUCAGCCAUCAUUAUAUUAUGUCCAACAUCUUGUGCCCAUUUAAUCAUAGCUGAUUUCACCGUUUCAUCCUGGGUGUUCCAUUUCAACAGCAGGUUAUACAUUUUUGACAAAUUCUUAGUUUUGGAAUCUAACAAUUCUGUUUCCAAUUUUGAUUUUUCCACCUGGAAACCAACUUUUUUGUCCAAAUUGUAUGCCUCCAUUAUUUGAUAAUAAUGGAGCCAAUCUCGCACUUUAUUUUUCAAUUUUUCAAAGCUCUGCAAUUUUAGUCUGUCUGCCCCUUGUUCCAGAAUUUCCCAAUAUUUCGGCCAAUUGGCCUCCAUAUUGAGCUUUUUCUGUGCCUUCGCUUCCAUUGGUGACAACCAUCUUGGGGUUUUCUUUUCUAACAAAUCUUUAUAUCUUAUCCAUACAUUAAACAAUGCUUUUCUAACAAUAUGAUUUUUAAACGCUUUAUGUGCUUUUACCUUAUCAUACCACAAAUAUGCAUGCCAACCAAAUAUGUUGUUAAAACCUUCUAGGUCCAACACAUCAGUGUCUUCAAGUAGCAGCCAUUCUCUCAGCCAACAAAAAGCAGCUGAUUCAUAAUAGAGUUUUAGGUCUGGCAGGGCAAAUCCACCUCUCUCUUUAGCAUCAGUUAAUAUCUUAAAUUUUAUUCGAGGCUUCUUGCCCUGCCAGACAAAUCUGGAAAUCUCUUUCUGCCACUUCUUAAAACAAUCCAUCUUAUCCAAAAUUUGUAAUGUUUGAAACAAGAACAACAUCCUUGGCAGCACAUUCAUUUUUAUCACAGCAAUUCGGCCUAGUAAUGAUAACUUCAAAUUUGACCAUAUUUCUAAGUCUUUUUUCACUUCAAUCCAACAUUUUUCAUAAUUACCCUUAAAUAAAUUUACAUUUUUAGCAGUCAUAUUAACCCCUAGAUAUUUCACUUUCUUAACCAAUGUUAAUCCUGUCUCUUCCUGAAAUUUCUCUCUCUCAUUUACAGUUAAGUUUUUCUCUAAUACCUUAGUUUUCAUCUUGUUCAGCUUAAAACCUGCUACUUGCCCAAAUUCUUGAAUCAAUUCCAAUACCCUUUUUGUGCUAGAUUCUGGUUCCUGUAGAGUCAAUACUAGAUCAUCAGCAAAUGCUUUCAAUUUAUACUGUUUAACUCCCACUUGUAUACCUUUAAUCUCUUGGUCCUUUCUUAUCAUGUUUAGCAAAACCUCAAGGACCGAUAUAAAAAGCAGUGGAGAAAUUGGGCAACCUUGUCGUGUCCCUUUCUCAAUCUUGAACUCUUCUGUCACUACAUUAUUUACAAUUAAUUUUGCCUUUUGUUCUGAGUAAAUUGCACCUAUACCAUUCUCAAAACCUUGGCCUACCCCCAUCCCCUGUAGAUUCUUCUUCAUAAAGCUCCAAGAAAUGUUGUCAAAGGCUUUCUCCGUGUCCACAAAUAUCAAAACAGCCUUAUUAUUAAUAUUCACUUGAAGUUUUUCUAAGAUAUUAAUUAUAUUCCUCAUAUUGUCAGACAAAUGUCUGCCCGGGAGAAAGCCCGCUUGAUCUUUAUGGAUUUCUUCUACUAACACCUUUUUUAGUCUUUUAGCCAAAAUGUCUGCAAAAAUUUUAUAAUCCACAUUUAGCAGCGAUAUGGGGCGGUAGUUUUUGAGCUGCAUCUUUUCAGUCUCUGUUUUCGGUAUAAGUGUAAUGUAAGCUUCCUUCCACGACUCUGGUGCCUUUCUUCCUUCCAAUAUUUCAUUACAGACUUCCUUCAAUGGUUGUAUUAACCAAUCUUUCAAAUAUCUGUAGUAUCUUGAAGUCAAACCAUCUGGUCCUGGAGAUUUACCUAAUUGCAUGUUCUGGAUAGCCCCUUCCACCUCCUGGUCUGUUAUUUUAUAGUUCAACAUUAGUUGUUUUUCCUGUGAUAUUUGGUGUAGUCCAUUUAUAUUCAAAAAUCGAUCGAUGUCCAUUUCUUUCUGCUUCUCCUGUGUAUAGAGUUGUUUAAAAUACCUCUGGAAACACUUCCUAAUUUCCACUGGGUUCUGUAUAUUUUUUCCUUCCACUUCCAAAUUUGUGAUAGUAUUGAAUUUUUUGUCUUUUUUUUUUCAGUUGCCAGGCCAACAAUUUCCCACAUUUAUUUGCCGAUUCAAAUGUCUUUUGCCUCAUCUGUUUAAUCUUCCAUUCUAUUUCCUGAUUCAUCAACUUCGCAUAUUGUACCUGGUAUAACUUUAUUUCUUUCAAAAUCUCCUGUGACUUUGGUUUUGCUCUCAAUUUCUUCUCUCCUUCUCCUAUCUUUCCCAGGAUUUUAUCCUUUUUUUCAUUCUGAAUUCUCUUUUUAAUUGCAUUCUGUUGUAUUAGGAAUUCUCUCAUAACCACUUUGCUUGCAUCCCAAAUUACUCUUUUUUCUACUGUAGUAUUCAUAUUUAUCUCAAAAUAGUCUCUUACGAGUUUUUUGGGCCUUCUUGAUCACCUCUUCAUUCCUAAACAGAGAGUCAUUCAUCCUCCAUCUGAAGGAGCCACUUGGCAUUAAUUUCAUUUCCGUCUUCACCGCAUUAUGGUCCGAACAAGUUUUAGGGCAGAUUUCCACUUUGCUAAUCUUCGGGGCCAGUCCCCUGGUUACCCAGAUUUGAUCAAUUCUUGUCCAUGUCAUUUUAGCCUCUGAGAAGAAAGUUCCCUCUCUUCCCAGAGGGUUCUUCAUCCUCCAAAUAUCAACUAAGUCCAUAUUUUCAGUCAUGUCAAAAAAGGUUUUUGGUAGUCUACCAUCUUUGGUGACUACCUGUCUCUGUGCCUUAUCCAUAUUUGUAGACACCACUCCAUUCAUAUCUCCCAUCAAAAUUAUGUUAUACUCCAUAUAAUCCAUCAAGAUCUCAUGUAACUUCUUAAAAAAUUCUGAUUUUCCUUCAUUUGGUGCAUAUAUACCUAAAAUCAAAAAUUUCUCUCCUUGUGAUUGAAUCCAAUUUGACAUGGCAGACCGUGGAGGAAGCUAGGGAAAAGGCUGCAGAUUUUCUCUCUCUCCAAUUGUGUUACUUUACAUUCAGCAGCUGCAGCCUUUUCCCUAGCUUCCUCCGCGGUCUGCCGUGUCAAAUUGGAUUCCUGUAUCAAUUUCUGAAUCGUUUCUGUAUUAGUAUUCACCUUUAGUCCCAAAUUUAAAUCAUUUUUUUUAUUUCCAGCAUCCACUUUCUUAUUAAGCUGUUCCAAUGCAUCAUUUAUCUUACUUAACGCAACCGCUAUUACCUCUUCUGAUAGCAUUCCUUUUGAUUUUGGUUGUGCCGAUGUAGACACAGCAGCAGCCGGGGGAAGGGGAUCUGGUAUUGAACUUCUCCUAGGUUGCUGCCUAAUCCUCCCAGACCUUAAAGUUUUUUCAGCAGCUGACAAUUCUAUUUUUUCCUUUCCAUUUGCCAUAACACUUAAACGAUUCAAGGUCAGUCCCAGAGUCACACAGUUCUUAUCUUACAGCUGGAAAUUUCCCUAGCUCCACACCUGUAGAACUCUUAUAGAACAGCCAGUUUCAUAAACUUCCACUAGGGGGAAACAGUUUCAAUUUAUAUUACUUGUUUUGAUAAAUAAUGUCCUCUUUUAAACACAAUUCAAAGAUCCAAAGUUAGUUUCAAUUUUCUGCUACUAUUUGUUCCUUUUUAUAAAGACCCAAAGACUGUAGAAGCAAUAUAGAAACAAAGUAUUUGUCUUGCUUAGCUAGCUGUCACUGAACAUUCCAAAAGACGUCACUCCAGCAGGCAGCCCGUUUCCAGGAUCGGAGCGGCAAAAUUCUGACUCUCUUCACUCUCUCCUGCAGGUCUGCUCAGUCCACAACUUCCCCCCUCUUCUCCUGCCCCCGAGGGGGGAAAAUGUUCUUUACCGUUGAAAUUUUAAUCUUUUGCAAAGGGCUUCCCAAGGCUUCAGCUUACAGCCUUUUUGCCUCAGUCUGUUUACAAAAAGGGGAGGCGGACUUCCUGCUUUGAACCUCCCCGCUUCAAUACCAAAUUAUACGUUUAAGAGUCUAAUUCUCCCGUUCCAGCUCUACUCACGGGUAAAUACUUUAGAUUCGAAUUGUCCACAGGAAAAAGUCAGCGCUCUCCGGCAACAGCUAUGCGGCUUCGCUCCGUGAAAAAAGCAGUCGUCUCGAAGCACCGCGCCACUCACCCCACGUCGCUCCAGAAGCCCAGAAUCGGGUUUCCCCGCGAGUAGGGGAGGCGCAGAAGGUGCCCGCCAAAUCCCACGUUCACAGGCUUCUCCCACCUGUGAUUUUUCCUGGGUCCCCGCCUUCGCCGUAGCGGUCAGACCCUAUUCUCCACGGGGCAAAUUCCUCUGGUCAGAGGAAUUCCGCCAUUGCUGAUGGCGCUAAACCCGGAAGCCGAGGAUGAGACAAGUCCUGUUUUGUUGCUUUGAUGUUGUAUCUUCAUCUUUAAUUGUUUUGCUAUUUGUUUUCCAUUUGUUUGUUUGUUUUACUCGUUUAUUGUAAGUCACCCAUAGAAACUUUUGUUAUGGGGGAAGCAGCCUCAUAGAAGGGUAACAGGUAGCAGCACAAAUAAAAAAGCUAUUAGAAGGCUGAUCACACAGCUCCCAGUGUCUUGUUUAAUUCAAUUCAGAUUGUCAGUGACUUUCUCCCUCUGGAGAGGCAUGAGACCUAUUAAAAUUGAGGCAGAGUUGUGUUCCAGACAGUUCUGGGGUCUCUUCUGGCUGAUGGAUCUGGUGAUGCUUGAAACCCUGACUGAUCUGUGGAGCACAAGUGCUCACUUCUAGUUUGCUGAGCCCAGGUAUACUGUGGAGCUGAAAGCAAUGAAGCAGGUUAGAAGAUGGCUGGAUCACAAGUGGAAGAAGAAUCCAGAUUAACACAAUGUGACACAAGUGUGUGCUCAUUGUUGAGCCUUUGCUGUGGUGGUGAAGGCAUUGAAAAAGACUUAUCUUUCUGCCUCUAUUUAUAGAGUAGUACAUACCCUUUCACUUAAAAAAUACACAACUUGCUUGUAAAUUGUUUUGUGACUUUUCUUAAUGGGAAGUGAUAUAAAUUUAAUAAACCUAACCUGAACCUCACUUAACAUCAUCUUCAGGUGGGCUGCUGCUAUUUGUUAAAAAAAAUGUAAGCACCCACCCACCCCCAAAAAAUCCACAAAAACAUUUUAAAUGGAAUGUGUUGCACAUUGAUCUAAUUACAAUUUUGUUUGGUACCUAUAUUUCAAAUGACACACAGUUGCUUUUUAAAAACCUGGAAGAACUGCUCCAAGUGACUUCAGUAUUGUCACAAACGCCAACCUAUGCAUACUGCGAAAAUUGCCUUUUAGCAGCAAACUGGAAGGAGUGGUUUCCCCUGAGGCUAAUCUUGGGGAGGCGAUUGUGCUUCCGCCAAAAAUGCUGUGAGUACCCUUCCGUAGCUGGGUCAUCACUAAAUUAUGUACAUUUGGGUGCACCUAUAGAGAAUAGUAGAUGAUGCAUUAAAUAACUGAUUGCCAAUUGAUUUCCUGUGGCUCUUUCAGUUUUGUGCACCAGACAGGUCUUGAGGCACCUCAUUUUGCCAAUAAAUUAAUGUUUCUCAUAAACAUAUUAACCUGUGUGAAUACACAUCAUGCAUUUAUGAGAAGCUUCACUCAAAUAAUUAUAAAUGUUAAGUGUAUUAUUCAUGCCUUAGACAUCCCAAGAGAAUGAAUACAAGCAACUCUCCUUGAACUUUUAUUGCUCUAACAGCUCCCAUUAUGAGGUGUGAUUUGUGAACUAAUUAGCAUGCCUUUCAUGAUGAUCUGCUAGCAACUGCAAGUAUCUGUACUCCCUGAUGUUCUUUUGUGCUUAAAGUCACAACCCCUGCACUGGACUGACUGUACAGAGACCCACUGGUGAUGUUGCAGGGGGCUUUUUUGCCCCUUGUUCCCUGGGUGACUGUUAGAGUUCAAUUGUGAUCUUUUAUACAGUUUCCACAUUAAGUUAUUGUGAACAUAACAAAUGUUGAAUACUCUAUAUUGAUUGUGUUACAGUCCUGAAAAAAUUCCAAGCAGAGGUAUUCCAAGCACAUUUACAGAGAGUAUAUAUCUGUUUUUGGCUUGGGUAUGUUGCAUACAUGUGUAUUUGUAUAGCUGUUAUCCUACAAUAAGCAAGCUAAAGAUUGUCGGUGGGUUUUUAAUGUUGUACACUUUAUAAUUCAGAAGUGUUGUUCUGAGACCUCCGGGUAUAGGGCGGUAUAUAAAUUCAGUGAAUAAAAUAGUAAGUGCUCUCCCCACCAAGAGUUGGAUUCUGAAAUAUAGUUGCUAAACUGAACAUAAAAACCCUGAGAUACAGGAAGAUUGCAUACAUAUCAGGUUCUUCAUAAGGUUCAGUGAAUAUCUGCUUGCUGAAGAUUAUAAAUUGUGGAAUAUUCAAUGUACUAUGAAGUUUAUGUGUCAAGCCAAACAGGCAUGGCUUUUUUAUUAGUGUGUCCACAGGAAACUAUGCACACUCCCAGAAAUGAAUCCUGGAGAACCAAUUGAAUACAUGGCAGAAUUACUUUCUAGACUUCAUCUGAUGGGGGGAAAGCUCAAACAUCAUGUAGCUCAAACAUCAUGAAAGCUCAAACAUCAUGUAUGACAUCAGUGCCUCAUAUCUGUACUUUCAACUUUGGGUAUGUUUCUUCAGAUUCUCAUGGAAACCCUGUGUCACCAGAAGACCAAGUCAGUUUAGCCCAACAGAUUUCAGAUGUUGUAAAACAGCCAGCAUUCAUUGCUGGAAUUGGUGCUGCCUGUUGGAUUAUCCUUAUGGUUUUCAGCAUUUGGUUAUACCGUCAUCGAAAGAAGCGCAAUGGACUCGCUAGUACAUAUGCUGGUAUCAGAAAAGGUAUUUUUUGGACCCUUUUAUAAUCUGAAGUAUUUGUUAUUUAAUUGAAUUUAUAACGUGAUAGCAAGCAUUGGCCUUACUCAGAAGAGACCCAUAUCUUUCAUUGGGUCUAUUUUGAGUAUGAUUUAGUUGGAUAUCACACAUAGUCUCUGUCAGACACAGACUGGUUAACAAUAAAUGAAAAACCAAAUUAAUAACUAUCCUGUGAGAUUUAAUACAGCUUUUAAAACUUUACAUUUUUAAAACUUCUUGAAAAAUGCUUUCAUGUAUUAGGUGGUUGUGGGAUUUUUAUUACUACAUAACAAUUAUGAAGAAUGUACCCUGCCUAUCCUAAUUUCAGCACACAAUGUAAUUUAUUGUUGGGUUGAAAUCACGACAGACGAAUGGUGGGUGUCAAAGGAGAGGCGUCUGCCCGGGGCAAGUCCCGGGGACUCUCUUUUAUUGAAUAUUACAAACAUUGCCACAGGUGUGCUUGUGGCUGAUUGGCUGAUACAAACACAAAGCAUCUUGUUGCUGAUUGGUUAACAUAGGUACAAGGCGGGAAUAACAUAUGUCCAUUUAUCAUUGAUGGAUCAAAGACUGGGAAACAGAGCUGGAACUAGACAGGCAUGAAACCUCCUAAUUAAAUUAUAACUAAAGAUUGAUAUUGAAAGAACAUAACAUGAAGGAAUACAACAAUCACGUUCUGUAGAUGUGGUCAGCAAUGCAUUAAGGACAGGUCAGGAUACACUGUUUCAUGAACUCAAUGGGAACUGUUCAGAACAUUCUCAGACUCUUGUGCAGAGGCAAAAACUUCCCAGAAUGUAAGAGAGAAAGAAGCAAGAGUUCUCAUAGUAAGCAUAGAAAGAUUUCAUAGUAAGACUUCCCACAAUGCCACAGUUAUGUGCAGUAAGAGAACUGCAGAAAGAGAACUUCCCUUCAAUUUAUGGAAGGUUCUUUUAGAUAAUUGAACAGGCUGUGAUGGCAUGGAUGAGCGAAGACAUCUUAUAGGUAUCUUUAAAUCUAGAGUUAAUAAAUGUAUAGGUCAAUCUUUAUAGCAACUUUAUUUCUGCCUGUAAGGCAGUGCUGAUCACCUCACGCGUUUCAAAAGAUGCUUCUGUUUUAGCUGAAGCUUUUAGAAAUCAUCAAGUGCUGCAUGUUGAAGAUAUUAUUGGCCUCAACAUUGUGAAGCAGGAAUGACAGUUAAAAUUGAUGAAUUAGGUCAGAGUCUUCUCACUGAAUGGAAGUCCUCAAAAUAUUCCUGGGUGCCACUGCUAUGUGAAGAGUCAGAUGAUGCAAUGUACUUAGUUUUCCAAACCUCACUGGACAGCUAAAACCAGGCAAGCUUGGAUUCUGUUAAUGACAGGUGUACUCAUUUGUUAAGAAUAUGGAAUCUACCAGCAUUACUUGUGUUGUAUUAAUUUGGUAUCUAGAAGUUUGUGCAAAACCAGUCCUCAGCCCAGGGCCACACAGGGCCAACAAUACUAUCUCUGAGAAGUAAUGAAACGGGUGCAUUUACCUUAAUGAUGAGAUGGAUUUCCAUGUGUCGGUACCAUAGCUAAUGGUGAAAACCAGAUCAGCAAGAGCCUAUACUUCAGGGCUCCAACCUAGCACCUGUAGGUGGACACCUUGUAUGCCUGUCAGAGUCUUCUCUGUCACCAACAAGAGGACCUGAACCCACUGAAACAUAAAUUGGAAGUCUGGACAAGGUUUUAUUGUUCUUGUUCUCAGAGCAGUUCCUCUUCAGUCACUCUACAAUGUUUAGUUCCUCUGCACAAUUUCUCUUCUCAACCCUAUCUGAAGAAGAGGAGGCAGUAAGCAACAGAAAAUGGGCUUGCUAGAGACAGAAAAAUAGGAGAUGGAUGAAAGUACAGGUGGAGAAAAGCAUCAAAGAAGCCAGUGUGGUGUAGUGGUUAAGAGCGGUAGUCUCGUAAUCUGGUGAACCGGGUUCGCGUCUCCGCUCCUCCACAUGCAGCUGCUGGGCGACCUUGGGCCAGUCACACGUCUUUGAAGUCUCUCAGCCCCACUCGCCUCAGAGUGUUUGUUGUGGGGGAGGAAGGGAAAGGAGAUUGUUAGCCGCUUUGAGACUCCUGAAGGGGAGUGAAAGGCGGGAUAUCAAAUCCAAACUCUUCUUCUUCAGUGCCACCAUGAUACAAAAAUAUGUAUCCAAUAUGUAUCCUCAUGAUUUUUACAAGGGAUGCAUCCCAGCCAUCAUCAAUGGAUUGCACUGUAAAAACCACCUACAUAGCACAUGCCAGAGAUACUAUGGCAUAUGGAUUCACUCCACAGAUCCAUGUUUUGUGACAAGUGCUGCUUCUGCGAUUUGGAAACAGAUGCAAUUUGACGGUGGCUUGGGGGAAAUCCUGUCUAAAGAUAAUGCAAACACAAGAGGAACCAUUUUAGAAUCUUAUUUCUCCACUAUUCACUUUUUCAUGCCCCACAGCAGCCAUUUUGUGACUGGUACGCACAACCUUUUUUCAGAGUGCUACAUGUGCCCAAAGAGCCCAAAAUGUUGACAACCCCUGGACUAGAGGUGCAGUCGCAACCAAGGAUGCCUGAAGAUGCAAUGUGACCACUUUGUUAAACAGAGAUAGGCAGUAAUUACUGGGUUUUUUUUCCAUGUAGUUUGGUUUUUAGAGCAGAGGUCAAUCAGCCACAGAUCGGAAGCUGUUUAACACCUUGCCUUUUUGAAUACUUAAUAUCCUCAUCCACCAAAUGAUCCAGAUCCUUCUUAUUAAUGUUUAACAGGUUUUAUUCGCGCUGUCUGGUAGCCACUGGACACAACAAAGUAAUGGCCUUGUUCAGCAUGCUUACGGUCUACAGAUCUUUCAGUAGUCAAAGUUCUGAACAUGGUCAUUAAAUGAAGGUAACAUUUUAAAACAACUUUAGCAAAAGUAGUGUGGGUUUGAACACUUAAGAAACUCAGUGUCUCUUAGCACGCAGAGUCUUGAAAACAGGAAGAUCCAAAGCAAAAUAGAAGUAACAACUAGUGGCAUCAUUGUGGUCCAAUAAAUAACACAUGCAGACAAAAUGAAGCUGGGACUGAAAUUAACUUGUGUCUGUUAAUACACCUCUGGGAAAGUUAAGUGAAAGCCUUUGUGCUGUUUUAACCAGUUUUCUUUUAGCUUUACUAAUUGCAUGGUGCCAUGCCAUCUCUUAUAAACAUUUCUAAUAGACUAAUACUGUUGGAUAUAAAAGAAGCUAAAUCCACAGCAUGGAAUGUUAAAAAAUCUGAUAUUUUGUUGUUUUAUGCUGUUUUCAGUCUUGUGUGUCUUACAAAUGUCUGUAAUGACUCCGCAAUUUUUUAUUAACUUUCAGAAUGAAUUCAUUAGUAAAGGUUCACCAAAACAAGGUUAUUAAACACACUUGAAGGGAAACAUCAUCUUCAAGGAAAUGUAAAUCAUUUAAAAAUAAUAAUCUGUCAAUAUACAGAGCAUGAAGUCAGACAUGUCACCAUAAAAGCUGAGGAUCAGUGAACUUCAUUAAUUCAUUUCCCCCCUUUUUGAGCAUCUAACUUGAGGCUUUGACAACUGUUAAAAUAUUUCUGUAUUCACACAUACAUACAUAUUGCAUUAGCGCCAGUGGGCACAAUAAGCAUUUUUAUCAACUAAGCUUUGAUAAUUAAGUUUUUGUGUGAGAUAUGAAGAUUUCACUUAGAUUGACUUUUGUUUAUUUUCCUACAGAACAAAAUUAUAUUGAGUAUUUAGUUCACAGAAAAAUAAUGACAAGAACCUUUCAUCUUUUUCUAUUUCUUUGUUGUUGCAAAUUGAUGUAGAGCUGAUGUAGUCAUUCACAAGCAACGCUGUUUUAAAAUGCACUACUUUGUGUGUUUGGUGGAAAUCCUUAUUACUGUGGCUCUGUAUUUCCUUUCUUAAUGAUACUAAAUUCCAUUGACUAUCUGAAAAGAACCAGCAGAAAGAGAUCACAAUAGGAUGCCUGUGAUAAAAAUAGCACUGCUGCAGAUGAUGGCCAAUGCUUAAAUUGUUUGGAUUUUUCUUUCCUUUUUUCUCCAGCACAAUAUUCCUAGAAAUAAAGUGACCUGAUAAGAACAGUGACACAUAUGCAGCGUGUUCUAAAUUAGGCUUUUCUAUGUCCUUAAAGACUUAAGGACCCUAGAUCCUAAUAUAAAAAAACCAGAUCUAUAGGAAGAAAAAAGGGGAGAAAAAGGCUGUUGAUGUAUGUAUAUCUCAGCCAUUCCAUCAUCCCUUUGUGGUCCGCCUGCUAACCUAAAUUUCAAGGCCAAAACACAUUUAGAAACAAUUGUGAAGCUUUUCUUGCAUUUCAUUGUUUUGCUCAGAAUUAAGGAGCAUUUCAUGGCUUCCUUCUUCCCAUUAGCAGUACAGAAAUAUAUUCUAUUGUUCAAAGAAGAGAGAAGUGUGUGCUGGGGGGGGAGGGGGGACUGAGUAGAUGUUGCACUGGAGGUCUGCUGUUUGAUUAGAGGCCUUAUUGAUUAAAUUAAGAUCUAUAGGGGCUGUGAAAAUGAAGGUUUUUCCCCUGUGAGAAUUAUUAUAUUCUGAAACUUUUUAUUUAAACUCAUAGGCUCGUGAGUCAGGAAAGAUUACUACAGCAGGUAAUCUACAGGGCAGAUUAACAUUAUUAGGUUAAAAUAACAAAAGCAUCUCAAAAACUGAAGAAUAAAAAAAUCCUAGUUAUUGUGUGUUCUCUAUUCAUUACAGUUAGUUUUUUUAAAAGGCUGUGAUAUUGAGCAGCUGUUACAAUAAAGCACAACACACUUUUAGGGUGCAAGUAAUGGAAAAUUGGCACAUUUUCAUAAUACUUUGUUACUCCUAGUAAUAGCUUACUCUUUACUUAAAUGCUUAAGUGUCCUUAUUGAUCCACUAUAUCAAGUAUUUGCAUGAUGCAGUGAAUAUAAGAGUCUAGCAAUAUCUUGAUGAUACUGGGAAAAGUAACAAUUACUCUUCUUUUUUAAAAUAUAUAUAUAUAUGAUUAAAUAGUGUAGGGUUUUUGUUUGUACAUGGAUUUGCAGCAAAACAUAAAGCACUAAAGAGAAGGUCAUUUAGAGGCUAAACCACACUCUAUUUCCCUCAAGAGCACACUAUACUAGAAUGUUAUUCUUCUUCUGUGGAGACAAGUCACCUUUUUAAAUAACAAAUUUUGUUUUAUUCACAUAUUGGUAUGUCUUGGACAUAUUUACUCUUACUUUUAUGUUCUGUUCUUGCCCUGAUUUAUACUAAUGUUGUGUGCUCUCUUUUUCUUUCUUCAGCUUAAUAACCAGUUUUUAUUGUGUUUUGAUUUUUCAGUCCCGUCUUUUACCUUCACACCAACAGGUAUAUAUUUGCACUUUUCCCUUGUCUGAUUGGCAUGUGCCUGUGUGAUACUGUGUCACUGUCUCUUUUUCUUCUUCCCUCAUAUAACCAGGCACAAUAUUACACAGCGAGUAGUAUGAGUAGUAUUCGUUACGUAUCCUUAUUGUUAGUAUCAUUUUACCAAUUUGGCAGAUCUCGCACUGCUGUCCAAAGUUUGAGUUUUAUAUCCUUUGGAAGACUACAUGAGAUCCUAUCAUCUUCUAUGCUAAUGUAUAGCAUGGUUGGGUGGUUUUUGCUUUUUUGUUUUUGCUAAUUUUGUAUAUUGUAUAGUUGUUCAUAAUGUUCUGCUCUACCAAAAUGGGCCGUAGCUGCACAAAGGACUCUGCAUAAAGGCAAGCAGCAUUCCCUUCCAAUGAUUCUUAAUGGAACAUUACUUAACACUUAAAUAGAAAGACAUACAUAGGAUUUCAUUUUUAUAAAUUGGGAGAUGUCUAUAUGUGUUGUAUCCAACUGACAAUAAGACUUCCAUGUUGCUCAGCUGAGGGUAAGACUCCCAUCAUCAGAACAAGGAAUGAAGCUAUUUACAACACACACACACACACACACACACACACACACACCUCAUGUCCCCCCACUCCCAGUCUGCUCUGGAGGAUGCUCAGAGAUCAUUCUAGGGGAUGUGGGGCAACAGAAGAAAGGGGUAAAUUAUUGCAAAGUAUCCAUUGAGCAGUACUGUUGGAUACAACCCCAUGACUAUAUCUAAAGCUUUGUUCUCAGUCUAUGCUGAAACUUUUCUCUUUAGAUUGGAAAGCUCUAUGCUUUAGGAAAUGCCAUUAAUAGAAGAUGCCAUUAACAUGAAAGCUUGAAUGUAGCCUGGGAUUUUGUGUGAACCUUAGCAUUAUAAUUAUACCCUAUACCAUACAGAUCUGAAAGUAUGAGAAUGAAAUGUUUGUCAGUUACUCUUGGUUAUUUAAAAGAAUACCAAAAAUAGACAAAGGGUUACAUUAAAGGAAGUUUUACCAGUAACACAAUGACUUUCCCUCGCUCUCCUUUCCCCAGUGCCACCCCCUAAUCUGUUCUGUGUUCCCCACCAAUCCUCCAGAGCAAAUUCGGGGGGCGGACAAUGAGGAGAGGAAGUCCUGCUGCAUUGGUGGAACACCUUGCCUUAACAGGAUAGCUUUGUUAUCUAGAACCCCAAUAAUCAAUGUUAAAUACGGUAAAUGCCAAACUCCCAUUUAAACAUUGUUCUGUCAGCACAUUUCUGCCGAAGAUUGUAAUAUUUAAUAAUAUUAGCAAGUAAACAGGCAUUCUAAUGGUUUAUUACUUAGCAUUAUAAUGGACGACAUAGUCUGUAUUCAAACUGUUUUGUGAUUAAUCACAUUUCAAUAAUAUUGCUGAUGGAGAGAGAAAAUUACAUCACAUUCUCAAAAAAGAAUGAAUUCCUUCAUGUUUAUAAAAAUCUUUUGUAAUUCUAAUAAGUUGUUAUUUCAACUUUUAAAAUAGUUUUGGUCCUUGCUUCUCAUUCACUUUUAACAUAUAUUAAUAUGAAAUUUGCUUCAGCAUUACUUUAAACAUUCUGAUAUUUUCCUCAUACAGAAUCCAUGUUUUUAACAACUGGGCUGUACAGAGAAAAUAAUUUAUGUACAUUAUUAGUGUUGCUAAGUUAAUUUGCAAGCUUAAAUUUAAGCAUGUUUAGGCUUGGUGUCAGAUUUCUCGCAGGAGCCAAGUGUUUAGAACUGUGAAGACAAAAAUAUUUUAAUCAAUACUUGGCACAAUACUUGAUAGCUGUACAAUAGACAACAGGGAAAUUUGACAAGGAGUCAUUUGAAAUGCGGACUGUAUUUAAAAUUUAAAACUUUUCUGUUCCAUAAUUCAGAAUCCAACUAGUUUAGUUCCACUGAAUUUAAAUGGUAACAACCCCUCAUCUUUAGCAACACUUUCAGCAAAAGGCCUAUGUACCAUUGGCUGCUACAUUUUAAUCCUGUUAUUGUAAUCGCUGCAAGCGGUUAUCUCUGCCUUGCAGACCCCCACUUUGGAGUUCUUCUAACAAGCAGAAUUUGGCUGCCUUUUAAAACACAUUCCUAGUUUGGGAAAUGCAUAGCUAUGGAAUCCAUCGCCACUUGCACUGAGGUUAAUCUUCUUAACUCUUUGCUUAACCUGGGGGUGGUAGCUGAAGUACAGCAAGUGUAUUUGGGUAUGGGCAUGUUUAAAAUGCAUUUUCAGGUGCGAGUCUUUAUGACAUACUUCCCAAAAUAUAAAUAUAUUUGGAAACACCUAUCUGUUGUGUUUUACAUUCCAUUUUGUAAACAACAGCACGCACAUCAGAAAAUACUACUUCCGAGCAAUAUCUAUUUUAUGUUUUGAAAAAUAAACAACUAAAACUCCAGUGACUUUUAGGUGGCAGUAUGGUUGUAUAGAGUUGGUAGUAGGAACUGCUUAUACCGACAGUAAUCUAGCCACAAGGAAAUAAACACAUUUUAGCAUUUUUCUUUCUAGGAUCCAACAGAAGCACAUUCAGAGAAUUAACUUAACCACUACAUAUUCUCAUUUUAUAUUUUAGUAACCUAUCAAAGAGGAGGUGAAGCUGUAAGCAGUGGAGGCAGGUAAGAUUGUAUACAGGUUUCCUACAUAUAAUGCAAAAUGCAUACUGAACUGCAGAAUAUGUUGGGUACAGCUGCAUCUCUGAUUGCAAACAGCAGAGGGAGCACUUUGACUUCAAACUAAAACUCUUGCUGCUAUAAGGGGAUGAUUAAAGGGAGCUAAAGUAGCUAAAUUGUGGCAUUUAAGGAGAUUAAACACUUAGUAAUGAUAGCAAAGAGAAAAACCUUAAAUUGGAAACCAUGCUUAAAGAAAGCUGCCUCUUAGGUGAUUUUUAAAAACAGAAAACAAAAAUGGAAUAGCGAUCAUUACUGGUUGGGAAUUGCAAAUUUAAAGUACAGAAAAAUCCGGGUUCUGAGAAAUGAACGCAAUUCCAUCUUUAGACUAUAGCUAAGUCUUUAGUUAAUUGGUCAAUGGGGAAUGAUUUUCUUCUCAAACAAAUAACAGCAUUUCAUUAAUACUGACGUCACUGCAAUUCUACCUGGAUGGCGUUGGGUGGCAGCGAGAUCAGGUGUGUGUGGACACAUCAGCAGAGCCAGUUGCGCACUCACACUGGUGUGUCUGCAUGGCCCUGAUUUCACUGCCAUCUUGUGUCACCCCAGUGCUGUCCAGGAAACUGCAGCAACUCCCCAGCAUAGCAGCUGCUUCUUAACAAGGAUUUCAGCCAACCAAGGUGCCUCUAAAACAAAGCUAUACGGAGGUAUACAGUCGCUGUCAUGUCAAAUACAAGUCAGGCUAUAUAGAUGAUGGUGCAGAACCAAAAUGAUGCAUAGCAACUGCAGUCAAGCCCACCCACAAAGAAAAGUUAUGUCACACAGAAUGCUAAGAUUAGCAAAUAGGUCAAACAAUGGCUUUGGCUUCUUUUCCAAAUGAGCUGUUUUUAAAAAAAGGUGUUUAGUGUAUCUUGUGUGUGAACAAGGAACCAAAUUAUGCAGAGCUCUGAAACUGGCACCCAUGGCCCCUUUCUGGGCUAUGCAGUACCUGUCCCUGUACUCACACUGGCCUGAUUCACACAUAAUAACAAACCAUGUUUACUUACUAUAUGAAUGUGCCUUGGGAUUAAGUUCUUGCUUCCUUGUACAUCCUCCCUCCAGGAAACUGGAUUGUGACAAAAAAUCCCCAAACAUUUGGAUUAAUUGGGGUGGGCACGUUCCCUAAAAUGAGGUCUGCUGCUUUUAAAAAACAUGGCUAGCUAAAAUCAUUUUAGGAAGGAUGUAUGCCUGAUGCAGGGGGCGGAGUGGAAGUCUUAAAUAGGUUUUUUUAAUAAAAAAAAAGUAAGAGGGAAGCACAGUAGACAGCACUUUUAAAAGGGCAAAAGGGAGUGAAAUCUAAGUUUUCCCCUUCCCACAGCUGAGUUGUUUCAGCUCCCCUACACACUUUUUAACCUCCUACAUACCAGUAAGGCAAACUAGUUUUUUGCCGUAGUUUUCAGGACAAGCACAAACCAUUGUAUGCCUGUUCAGUAGAACACCAAAUUGUGAUUUCUCCACAAACUACAAAGGGCAGCUUUCACAGCAUAUGAAGAGAAGAGAGGAAGGAGUGAACAAGCCCAAAGUUCACUUCUGCACACGUUACCAAAACAUUUUGAUGUUGCAUCUGAAUAGAGCUAUUCUGAGUUAUUGCUUUUGCUCCAGAUGAAUAUGAGUUCCACCCAAGUUAAGGCAAGACAGUUAAAAAGGGAACAUUCUGCACCACCUUUUAGGUAUACCCUCAGCUGUACAAAGGGAAAGGAGCUGGAGAUGCCAUGCUUACUUAAAAUACAAUAUUUUCUUAGCAGCUGUUUUUUUCUGAUCAAAUUGGUAUUUUUCCAAGUAAUCCAUUCAGAAAGCAUUUGUAACUAUUAGUUGAUUCCAGUUCACUGAGCAUAAUGUACUUUGCAUAAUGAGAAACACUUUUGCUUAGUAUUUAUAGUUGUUUUUUUAAUGUUCUCUGUAACUUUAAUUUCCAAGAAUUUCAGCUAAGCUGGAAAUGGGGGGGAAAUGUGGCCUGUAUCCAAAGAACUGCAGGAGUUUUUCUGCAUACCAAAGGGAGCUUUGGCCAUGUGUCAAAGAGCAGUCCCCUACACUGCAUGGCCCGCCUAAUACGAAAUUGAGGAAAGUUUCACAAAUAGGUCAUAGGGUGUGUUUGUUAUACACACUGUAGGAAAGAAAGGGAGAAUAGUGUUGUGCUUGCACUGUGAAAUAAAAUGUGUGUGUGUGAUUAUUUGGAGAUCAAUAAUGUAUGUUGUUAAUGACAAAAUUGUUAGGAGUGGUUUAUUUUAAAGGAGUAACAAGCAUGUUGUCAGCUGUCCAAUCAUAAACCCAACUACUUUAUGUUGGUGCAAUGGAGACUACUAUGAAAGGCAGGAAUGGAAUGUCACCAUCAAUUUAAUACUGGGUAACAAAGAAGGUCCUAGAAAAUGUCCACAGAUCUCUGUAUAGAAGAAAGGCUUUUAACACUGUCUUGGGGGCAUUAAGGGAAGGAGUGGAAAACACUGAUACAGUGGUACCUUGGUUGUCAAAUGGCUUAGUUGUUGAACAGAUCGGCUCCCGAAUGCCGCAAACCCAGUAGUGAGUGUUCCGGUUUGCGAACUUUUUUGGAAGCCGAAUGUCCAAUGCGGCUUCCGAGGCUUCCGAUUGAGUGCAGGAAGCUCCUGCAGCCAAUCGGAAGCUGCGCCUUGGUUUUCAAACCGUUCUGGGAGUCAAACGGACUCCCAGAACGGAUUACGUUUGACAACCCAGGUACCACUGUACUUGUGAUGGUUAAGGGAGGAAUAGUUGGUUCAACUCUUAAGUUGUUUUCUUACUCAAUAAAGGUGUACUAUUUUUUUAACCAAAAGCCGUAGACAGAGAGUUAGUAAAAUGCCUAAGAACAUUAAAAGUCUCUUUAGCUGAAUGGUAAAAUAUGCCUGAUGUAUGUUCAUACACAGGUAAUUCCAAAUCUGCAGCAACACUGCUUGGGGAAUCUUUGCUCCGCACCUAAAGGUUCUUACAAGUUGUUAUGAAGGGACUCCUAACAAGGCUUCUCCAGCAGAUCUGAAGGAACAGGAAAGCCCAUACAGUCAGCAAAUAGUCGCUUAUUUAAAGCUUUCCCUCUCCCAGCUAAUUUCAUUUAGCAACUGUUCAUGUUUCCAGUAUCACUAGGAAGAAUAAGUAAAUUUCCAGUACAAUCAAUCUUAAUUGUAGUCAAUGGCCAGACAGAUUUUCAGUACUUCAAUGUGAACUUUGCUUUUAAGAUGACAUCUUAUGAUAAUUAGUAAUUCUGUGUUUUGAAGGCCAGGCCUUUUAAACAUCAAUGAACCUGCCACUCAGCCAUGGCUUGCAGAUACAUGGCCUAACACUGGGAAUAAUCACAACGACUGCUCCAUCAACUGCUGUACAUCAGGCAAUGGAAACAGUGACAGCAACCUCACUACAUAUAGUCGCCCAGGUAAAUCUUGUUUAUUAUUAAAAUAACUUAAUUUGAACUUAAUUUGUAUUGCUUCCUGUUUAUUGUUUCCUUCCUAUUUGUUUAUUGCUGUCUAUAUCAUCUGGGCAUGUUACUGCUCAAAGUUAUCCUAUUGCCGUUACUUAUGCUACAGUACCCACACUUUUCUUUUGAGAGAGUUCCUGCCUCCUGUCAAAGUACAGCUUCUUUGGGUGCUUAAUCCCCUCAUCAUUGUUUCUAGAUUAUAUUAAUCCUUACCCAACAUCCUGUAGAAUAUAUAAAGUGGCAGCAGGUAUCCCAACAUAUUCCUGCAUCUUUUGGGGAGAUGACUCACAAACUAAUCCAUUUUAUGUCUCAUUUCUUCUCUUUUAUGAUCUGUUACCCACAGCAUUGUCUCACCCAUAUUCCACUCCCAGGCACAAACUUGUGUCUAUAAAGAUUCCAGGAGAACUAGUCACUUCUGCUUUUUGUACUCACAAACACAUAGUUUUAUUUAUGGAAUCAAAUGUUGCAUGACUCAUAAGCAAGCUAGUACAACUUUCACUGGAAUGUACAGUGAAGUGCUGCAGGUGGGUAUUCAGGUACAAAUGCUACUUAGUCAAGAACAGUAUUUAGCUAUACUGUAAAUUUAAGAUCAAUUAGUAGAUUCUGCCAUCAAGGGCCUUGCAGAAGGAGAUUACCUGUGUAAAAAGAGAAAUGGAGGCAGAAGAGUUGGGGACUCCUAUAUGAAGGGUACACCUUAUAGUUUUGGACCUAUGGAACUAAGCUGCCAUUUUACUAUAGCUAACAUUCUGAUUUAGCUUCUGUUCACCUAACUAUUUCUGCUUCAGAAAGCCAAAUCACGUAGGCCAAAAAGCACCUAAAAAUAGUCUUCUAACUCAAUACAAUUUUCCCUUUUCCCUUCCUGCUGUGGUUAGCUGAUUGUAUAGCAAAUUACAACAAUCAGCUGGAGAACAAGCAAACAAACCUGAUGCUGCCUGAGUCAACAGUUUAUGGUGAUGUGGACUUAAGCAACAAAAUCAAUGAAAUGAAAACUUUCAACAGCCCAAAUCUAAAAGAUGGAAGAUAUGUCAGCCAACCAGGUCAGCCUACACCUUAUGCCACCACUCAGCUCAUCCAGUCAAACAUCAGCAAUAAUGUUAACAGUGGCAGUGGUGAUUCAAAUGAAAAACACUGGAAGCCAUCUGCACAGCAGAAACAAGAGGUUGCGCCAGUUCAGUACAACAUUAUGGAGCAAAACAAAUUAAACAAAGGUAAAUCACUUCAUGUAUCUCCCCCCCCCCCCCUUCUCAAUGCACUGGAGAUUCCAUAAACCUCUCCUUUCAGGGUCUCAGCUUGUGUAAAUGAAAAUAACUACAUAUAUUUCUUUCUAUCUGUCCACAGAUCUGAUAAUUGGUUACUGCAGUGUGGAACUUGUUAGGAUGAACUGAACACUGUGGAACAAUCUAAGCUCCUUUGUAGAUUUAGAAAUUCCCAAUUAACAGUGUCAAAGAGUUAAUUAGCACUACAAUAAUCUGCAGAAAUUGAAUUUAUUCUAACAAAUAAGCAGCUGUAUCUUAAAAGAGAAUUUAAUAAAAUAUAUUUUCAUAUGGCUUUGAGCUUAAUUUAAAUUUAAUAACAACAAAUGAGUGAUUGGCUGGUAUUGAGACAUCUUUAAUUCAUAAAGGAGAUGCAAGGUGCAGGCAUUGCAGUCAAAUUUUAAAAUAGGUCAUCCCAUUCUUCUAGUGGUGAAUGGAGUCUACAUAUCACUGUAAAUUACUGGAAUGUUGCAUAUAAAAUUUUGUAUGAUUGUAUUGUGGGUUUUGCUAAAAAUGGAAAUGAACUGAUCUGAUAAAUUUUAGACUUACUCUUUGCAUUCACCGUCUUGCAUUCAGUUCUCGAUUAAAAUUACUGCUUUAGAUCUAUAACCUUAAAAUGAAUGAUUUCAGUGUUAACUUGAAAAAUCAGAAUGUGCUUUCUGGCCUUAAGGGCACAUUUCUCUAAUGUAGUGUGUGGGCUGUAGAAAAGGAAGUGAUGCGAUUUCUUGCUAGUCCUUCAGGCUACCAUGCAGCUUGCUUUAAUAACACGAUUUGCAAAACGCUAUCCCUAGGAGCUGGCCCUGUUCUAUCUUUGAACUUUCUGAGCACAUUGUUGUAGCUCUCAUGGUCACCUAGUGAUAUUGAAAAGGUAAAGGACAUGUUCCAUUACAAAAGGUUGAUUCAAUCUAUUUACUACCUGACCUACUUAUCUACAGAAUGGUUCAGAGGCCACAUAAAUCUGACAUGAGUGUCUAGCUGUUUGCUAUAGCAGUGACAGUUUUUAAUUAUAUUUUUGCCUUGAAUUUUUCUGCAUGUUUUAUGGGAUUAUUAUUAUUUUUUGUCUCACAACUUAGGGUUUUCAAAUCGAGAAAAAAAAAAUCUCUCCAUAAAGUUCUGGAUAAAAAAAUUAAUUACCUAAUUCAAAUGAUUAUUUUACGAAUUCAGGAUUUAGAAAAUGUGUUUUACUUUUAUAGAGGAGUGAAAUAUUCAUCAGAUAAUACAAUAAAUUUUUACUGAAGAAAUAUCUGUAAAGUACAAGAAUAUUACCAGGAGCUGACAUUCAUUUCAUGGAACAAAUAAAAGCAAAUCAUAAACAGAGCCAUGGAAUGUGAAAUAGGAAUGAUAGAGCACAGUGCAGAACUCAUCAAAAUGGUUAUUUCUCGUUACACAGGCUAGAAGUAAAUUGUCAGAAAGAUAGUUUUGUCUUAGAAAAUAAGAAAGCGAAUGGGAGAAUACUGAUCUAUUAUUUUUUUAAAAAAACACCAAUGUAUAGAGAAUCAUGUCUGCGGUACGCUUCCUUAAUGAUAGUGUAAAGUGCUGAAAAAGGAAAAGAGGUCAAAAUGGUAAAUCUCAGAUCAGACUAUUUUGUUCAACAUUUUCCCAGUCUUCCAUUACAUAGUCUCACAUGCCACAUAUUUAAACACAGCAAAAACAAAUCAGCCUUUCACACUAAGAACACAGAUCUGCAACCAGACAAUAAGUUAAGGCUUAGCUGUAAGCAGUUAGAACAUUCACAGUACUAUACCCAAGCAGCAUAUGCAUGCAAAUUCAAAGUCUGUUUUAAUUGCAGACUACCGAUCAAAUGAUAAUGUUCCAACCAUCCCAUACAACCAAGCCUACGAUCAGAAUACAGGAGGGUCCUACAACAGUUCAGAUCGAGGAAGCAGUACAUCUGGUGAGUAUGAACUACUGCUGCACCUAAUCUCCAAUUUCCUCAAAUAUUUUUCUCCCUGGGAAAGAGGCUCCCGUUUUGUUUUGUUUUAUUUUGGCCUCUUUUGCAAUAUGCUUUAGAAUUUCUUUAAUUUUGGUGGGUGUGGGAUUGUGCCUACUUUAUCACAUUGUGGCAAUGUGUGUUUUAAUUUCCAUUUCUCUAACCCAUUGUAGCCUCCCCAACAGUCUGUGCUUCCUGAUCUAAGACCAGUCCAUGGGGGGAGCUAACCUCAUUGCACCCUUCCUUGAGCUUUAGCGCACACAUUGCCAAGUUAGUUUAUUGAGCAUCUGAGAUUGAUGUGAUCACUGUUUUUGUUUUCAAGGAAUAUUAUUCCUGAAACAAAAAAACCUAAUCACACCAAGCUACUUAAAAUCAAAAAGACUUUACUCUUUAAAAAAAACAAAAAAACAACCAGCUAUCAGGCAUACACUAGGCAACCUCUCUGUCUUCGUACACAGCUGGACCCAAAAGGGCAUUACAGGCACUCCCAGUCAGCUGAAUGUAUAAAGCCCUUUGCUUUGAAUCCCCAAAUAUCAUCUCAUUGCCCAGGCUUCAAAGCACAGUGCAAGGCUACCUGCAAACCCUGGUAAUUAGUUGCAGUUGUUCCCUUUUGGAAACUUCUUAGUGCCAAGUGGGCUAGAGAAUGCGGCUUGGAUUCCGUUGAUUGAUCCUGAAAGCACAUCUUGAAGGGAGGUUUCUGCAACCACCAAACAACAGUUAUAGUGACUUGAACUUUCACAGGUGGCAGUCAUAUGAUGUCAUGUGAUUGACAGAUGGACAGACUGUCCACUUUCAAAGUUGGCCUGCAGAGGUUAGGGGACCGUCUAGAGGGGCUGGGAGCUGGGGGCACUGUUAUACAGUGGUUCCGUUCCUUCCUCCUGGGCUGUGUUCAGAAAGUGGUGGUGGGAGAUGAGUGUUCAGACCCCUGGGCUCUCACGUGUGGGGUGCCUCAGGGUUUUGUCCUCUCCCCCAUGCUUUUCAACAUUUACAUGCAGCUGCUGGGAGAGAUCAUCAGGAGUUUGGGCUGGGUGUUCAUCAGUAUGCAGAUGAUACCCAGCUCUACCUCUCUUUCACAUCAGAACCAGUGAAGGCGGUGAAGGUCCUGUGUGAGUGUCUGGAAGCAGUUGGAGGAUGGAUGGCGGCUAACAGAUUGAGGUUGAAUCCUGACAAGACAGAAGCACUGUUUUGGGGGGACAGGAGGCGGGCAGGUGUGGAGGACUCCCUGGUCCUGAAUGGGGUAACUGUGCCCCUGAAGGACCAUGGGCGGAGCCUGGGAGUCAUUUUGGACUCGCAGCUGCCCAUGGAGGCACAGGUCAAUUCUGUGUCCAGGGCAGUUGUUUACCAGCUCCAUCUGGUACGCAGGCUGAGAUCCUAUCUGCCCAUGGACUGUCUCGCCAGAGUGGUGCAUGCUCUAGUUAUCACUUGCUUGGACUACGGCAAUGUGCUCUAUGUGGGGCUACCUUUGAAGGUGACCCAGAAACUGCAACUAAUCCAGAAUGCUGCAGCUAGACUGGUGACUGGGAGCGACCGCCGAGACCUACAUUGGCUCCCAGUACAUUUCCGAGCACAAUUCAAAGUGUUGGUGCUGACCUUUAAAGACCUAAACGGCCUCGGUCCAGUAUACCUGAAGGAGCGUCUCUACCCCCAUCAUUCUGCCCGGACACUGAGGUGCAGUGCCAAGGGCCUUCUGGUGGUUCCCUUGCUGCGAGAAGCUAAGUUACAGGGAACCAGGCAGAGGGUCUUCUCGGUAGUGGCACCCACCCUGUGGAACGCCCUCCCACCAGAUGUCAAAGAGAAAAACAAUUACCAGACUUUUAGAAGACAUCUGAAGGCAGCCCGGUUUAGGGAAGCUUUUAAUGUUUAACAGAUUAUUGUAUUUUAAUAUUUUGUUGGAAGCUGCCCAGAGUGGCUGGGGAAACCCAGCCAGAAGGGCGGGGUAUAAAUAAAUUAUUAUUGUUAUUAUUAUUACUAUUAUUAUUAUUAGGAUCUAGCCCACCAGCCAGAUACAGUUCCCUGUCCUGCAGUAACAAUGAUCUUCUUAGUUGGAUCAGGGCACCUCUGUUGGCAAAAAAAAUAAAUGACAAUUUCACAACCCAUCAAUGUAUCUUGGAAAGUCAAAAAGUGUCAACACAGUCGCUAGAGCACGUGAAAACCUUUUCAAUUAUUAUUUCCUCCCUCUGUUCAGUAUUAAACCAGUGUGACAGCUUUAUUUUCAGUCAAAAGCAACCACACAGGGUCAAACCAACAGGCUGCUCAGCAGUAAUGCUAGCUACCUGAGCCUUGCCUGGGGUCUUAUAAGCUGAGGGAGAAGUCUCUUUUUCAGACCAUUUCGUCCCUUGCCCCAUCUGGAACUUUUGCAGUUUUGACAUGUGUAUGUAAACCUUCACAGCUUCCUUAAGUUUCAGUUAUUUUGGUAGAAGGCAAGUGUGUUUGCCUUCAGUCCAGCUUUUUGUAAGUGUAUUUGUGUGUACAUAUCUGUCCAGUCUUGCUUGGAACCUAUUACAAAGUCUGGACCACAGGUUUUCCCGCCUACCAUCCCUAUACCACAACUCUUUCUUGAUCAAAUGAUGUACUGUGAGAUGCCUAUUUUACAGUAUAAUGGAAAUUAUUUAACAACUGUAUAUGAAUAAAAAAACAGUUUAGCAGAGAUGGAAGCACACACAUAUCUAGAUAAAGAAAAGAAAAGCUGCUUUCUAUACUGCUACAACUACUUUCAGGGUUUCUCUUAUGGCUGAAUUACAGAGACACCAACAAGUUAUAGCAGAGCUGGCUUCUGGGAAAGGGUUUGUAAUACAUUCUGCUGCUGUUCCUUCUUUAUCAAGUCAAACUAGACUUGUUUAGUCUAUAUCCCCAUUAAACUGCAUAUUGAAUUUCAUAAAACAUUACCCUAUAGUUUGCAGAUGAAUGUGAGGUUUGGUUUAUAGUUUAUUAUUUUGUGUGCAUGCGUGUGUGUGUGUUUUAAAAUUAGUAAUGUGGAGCUAAAGUGAACAGUGAAGAAAAACGUGAGCUGUUAUGGGACAACUUCACAAUUAUGCAACUGCUAUGAUUACCCUGAUAUUAGUUAUCUGAACAGUGGGUUUGAGGGGUGGUCAGUUGAAAUAUAUUUAUAAAUACGUUUUUCUUCAUUAAGAUAGUUGACUGGGACCCAAGAGAUUCUAGAGGCAGGUUCUGCACAUUUACUGGGACUUCUGAGUGUUCUCUUCCUACCACUCCCAGAAGUGGAUGCAGUUAUAGUGUGCAGACCUGCCAUUAGAAUAUGCUGCAAAUGACCCAGUUCAAACUCGGAGGCAUUAGGAAUCUUGGUAAUACGACCGAAUAAAAUAUUUAACAUAUUUAGAUUUGAAAAACAUUCACUAUUAUUCCAAUUUGAAAUAGUUUAGCAUGUUUAGAAGCAUGCAACAUUUCUCUUUCUGUUUUGCUUUACAUCUUAUGUGAAAUGUUCACUUGAAAUCCAACAGCACCCAAGUAAUUGAUCCUUUCCCCAAGAUACUCAGAUGGCUAAAGCUUGUAUCAUUUUUACUGUAAGCUAUAAUUUUCCACCAAGAGUAGCUGAAAACAUUUGUCCCAUGCUUUCUUCUGCUCUUCUUAUUGUGUGGUUUUUGUUUUUUUUUAAAUUCUUCCAAUAAUUAUUUUCAACUGCACCUGCCAUUUGGAAUGAAUUUAGUAAUUUCAUUGUGCCUAAAACAUUUCAGUGGACAAGUAUAAAUUACAUAUAUUCAUUAAUGCGACAGGGAAACCUUUAAUAGAUCAUAUCUCUGUCAAUUGUGAACCCAAAAUUAGGCUCCAAAAAAUAAACUGGGGGGGGGGGGGUGGGCACUUUGGAGAAUAUAUAUCCAAUGCAUCUUUUUGUUGUUUAAUACUUAGAUGAUAAUCUAUAAUGCAAUUAAAAACUGUAGAAAUAUUAUUUAAUUAUAUUGCUUGUACAGUUCAUUUAUGGCUUUACCAUAUUUUAGCAAAAAAGUGAAGGAGACUGUUCCCAAAUAUAGGCAACAAAAGACAAAGUCAGUUCUAAUAAUUAUUAUUUUAAUAUAAAUCCAUAUUCUAAUACUUAUUUUUGACAUUGUUUUCACUUGGGUUUAUGUGACCUUAAUCUUACAUAUGUUUUAGCCAUUUAUUAAUUAAAUUCUAUGUGUAUUUCUUAACUGAAAUGUACUACAACAGUGUAUAAAAGCUGACUUAUUAGUGACAUUUAAAUGCUUACUAAGUUCUACAGAAUCCAAAAUUUGUAACAAGCCAUGUCUGGAAUAUUGCAUGUUCUUUUUGAAACUCCUGAACAUGUGAAUACUCGUUCAGUUAACAUCUUGUCACAUUGUUAAAUCGCUUAGAAAAUUGUCCCCUAAAGGACUGGUCAACAAUUUAUUUCAUGGGCUAUGAUAUAACAAUAUGAAUAUAUUUCUUCAUAGGGAGCCAAGGGCACAAGAAGGGUGCUAGAACCCCCAAGGCAUCCAAACAGGCUGGUAUGAACUGGGCAGACCUUCUUCCACCUCCCCCUGUACAUCCUCCUCCCCACAGUAAUAGUGAAGACUACAGUCUAUCUGUAAAUGAAAGGUAAGAUAAAAGAAUGAUUCAUCAGUAAAUAUUUUUCCAACCCAGUGGUCCAGAUUCACUUAAUUAACUGAAUAAAAAUAUUUGUAAUCCUAGUCUAGAACUUGAGUCUUCAGAUUGACUCAAGAAAUAAUAAUAAUUUGGUCCAACCAUGGUAUGAAUGUAUUCAGUAUUGUAAUUCACAUAUUCUUAAAUUAAUUCUUAGCUAUGACCAGGAAAUCCCAUGUCCAAUCCCACCAGCAAGAAUGUAUCUACAGCAGGAUGAGCUAGAGGAAGAGGAAGAGGAUGAACGAGGUCCCACGCCACCAGUUCGAGGAGCAGCUUCAUCUCCAGCAGCAGUGUCCUACAGCCAUCAGUCUACUGCUACAUUAACUCCUUCCCCCCAAGAAGAACUCCAGCCAAUGCUACAGGAUUGCCAGGAGGAAAUGGGACAUUUGCAACAUCCACAAGAUCGGAGGUAUGUUACCAAAACACAUUCUGAAGGAACUUCCGUAAACUAGUUCUAUGAGGCAAACGCGUUGGGUUUAGGCAACACAACCAGCAGUAAUCAAACAAAUGUGUCAUUAAAUUGCUUCUAAUGUUAUAUCGUAAUGAAAAUUCAGUAUGGAGAGUAGCACUUCAUUUACCAUGGUGUAAAUAGUGUUUCCAAAGAGUACCGUAUUUUUCGCUCUAUAACACGCUCCCAACCAUAACACGCACAUAGUUUUUAGAGGAGGAAAACAAGAAAAAAAAUAUUCUAAACGAAACAGUGGAUGUAUGAUUUUUGUGGUUCAUGCUGUGGCCACAGACAUGUGAUCUGACGGUGAGUUUGGGGUAGCCCAAUGCAAAAAUCCUGAGGAUCUAUGUGGAUCCGUGCUUUGUAACCACGUUUUUGCACCACUGCAGCCCCAGGCAACAGUGGGUGCGUGAUUUUUUUGGUGCAAGCUGUAGCCAUGGACAUGCUAUGUGAUCUGAUGGUGAAUUUGGGGUGACCCAGUGCAAAAAUCCUGAGGAUCCAUGUGGAUCCGUGCUUUGUAACCACGUGAAUGAAGGAACUGUCAGUAAUGUAUGGUAUCUCCAAUACAGUGAUGAAGGAAGAGGAGGGGGGGAGCUCACACUUGUCCUAGGCAAAGCAGCCAACUCCUAUAGGCCUAGGUGCCUUCACCCCCCCAUUAAAUAUUUGAGGGAGUCAUCCUCCCCCCAUGCUGAUGGGCAUUGCCAUUCAUAUAAGGUACCAGUGUGCAUGCACUUUGUCUUGAGAUCAUUGCAGUCUGUGAGAUGGGGCUUACCUGUACCUGCCCCCCCCCAAUAUUUUAUUGAAGUUGGAAGAGGGAGGGAGAGAGAGAGGGAGGGAAGAGAGAUGGAGAGCUCACAUUUGUCCUAGGCAAAGCAGCCAACUCCUAUGGGCCUAGGUGCCUUCACCCCCCCCAUUAAAUAUUUGAGGGAGUCAUCCCCCACCCCCCAUUGUGGUAUGUGAGUGGGGCUUACCUGGCUGUCCCCCCAAUAUUUUUUGAAGUUGGAAGAGGGAGGGAGGGAGGGAAGGAGGGGGGGGGACUCACAUUUGUGCAGCUGCCUUGCCUCGAACCGGAGCAAAAAGAGGAGGAGGAGACUCAGGGACACGAGCCUUGUAAGCUGCAUUGUUUGAAUUUACCGGUGAGGUGCUGGGGGAGGGACGGAAGGGGAUGCCCUCUUUGUCCCUCCUUCCAAUUCAUUGUAAAGAAAGCAGAGUAAGAGCCGCUUACAUUUGUGUAAGGGAGAACCAUAGAGCAGGCAGACACUGAGAAAGAGAGGCUGUCUCCCUUUCCCCACCUUGGCUUUUAAACGCUGCGCGCAGCUCUUGCCGGCUUCCGAGCGCCCACCUCGCCAAAAAGCCAUAGAGCAGGCAGACAGGAGAAAGAGAGGCUGUCUCCCUUUCCCCACCUUGGCUUUUACACGCUGCGUGCAGCUCUUGCCGGCUUCCGAGCUGCCUCCCUUCUCCCACCUUGCCAAAAAGCCAUAAAGCAGGCAGACAGGAGGAAGAGAGGCUGUCUCCUGACACUCAGCUGUUGCUCAGCUGUUGCCGGCUUCUCAGCAAGCCAAGCGGAGGAAGAGAGGCUGCCGAACAGCCAGCAAGAGCGGCUCCUCCUGCCUGCAUUCGCUCCAUAACGCGCAGACACAUUUCCCUUUACCUUUUAGGGGGGGAAAACUGAGUGUUAUGGUGCGAAAAGUACGGUAGUUGCAUAGUCUGUUAUCUGGAUGUAAAAUGUCAUAAUGAACAAAUCCGUAGUUUUCUUUUUAUUCCAAUACAAAAUAAAAGGCUACUAGAUUGGCUGAAAAAAAUCGAUUCUUGCCUCCCAAACAUGUUUGUAACAGGUAAUUUUAUUCAUAAUGUCCCUGACUCUCGUUACUCAUUGGCCAAUUUUCAAAGCUUAAUUGUUUCCCAGGACUUUCCUGCUAUUAUCCUAGCGGUUAUCAACAAAUAAUACCAAUAGUAUUUGAUAUUUCUUUUUGAGCUGGUUAAUAUGAUCUAACAACAUUAAAUUAGAUUCAUUUGUAGAUGGCAGACCCUUAUACCUUUCCAAAAAAUCCUGGUAUGGCUACAUUCCCUCCAUAUGUGGGCAAAGUACCAUUUUCUUCAUGGUACUUCAAAUGGAGUUCUGACACGUUAUAAAGCAUCCUUGAUAGCCUUUACAGUAUGAAAUACCACCUCAGUCACAUUUUCAAUAAGUUUUCCAUAACUGCCACUUUGUUCCCAUUUCUAGUUGAAACUUGUGUCAUACUGACAGUGGACUUUAAUCCAUGAAAGCUUAUGCCAUAAAAAUAAAUUUAUUAAGACAUGUAAGAUGCCACGGGACUCUGUGAUCAGAAGCUUACACGGUUUUUUAAAACAGCACAGUCUUAAAAAAAAAGUCAUAGACUGAGUAAGUACAGGUAGCGCUAGUAAAAUGAUUAGAAGGUGAAUAAAGAAUUAGAAGGCUGGAACUUUUUUGCUUUGAGGAAAGGCAUGGUAGAUUUUUUUUUUAAAUGAACCAUAUGGAGAGAAUGAAUUUAAAAAAAACUUCAUAACUUUUUAUCCAUAAUGCUAUAACAUUUUGUGUUAAGAUGACAUUAUGAGUUUUCAUAUCCAGUUCAUUUUUUAAAAGAUACAGUCAAACCUUGACUCCCAAACGCCUCCGUUUUAGAACGUUUCGGCUCCCAAACGCCAAAAAUCCAUAAGUAAAUGCUCCGGUUUUCAAACAUUUUUUGGAAGCCGAACGUCCGACAUGGCUUCCACUUGAGUGCAGAAAGCUCUUACAGCCAAUCGGAACCCACGAAUGGGCUUCUGGAAUGGAUUACGUUCGACAACCAAGGUUUGACUGUACCAGAGUGUAUGCUGAAUACGAAUACAACACUUUCUUGUAAACAAUGGAUUCAUCAGUGGCUAUAAGUCUUGAUGGCUAUAUGGACCAUCCAGAUGAGGGGAAUAUUUAUCUGAAUAUCAAUUCCUAGGGAGGAACCAAACAGAAAUUUUACUGGUUGUGGGCUUUCUGGAAGCAUGUGGUUGACCACAGAAGAGAACAGGGUGCUAGAGUAGAUCUUUGGCUUGAUUCACCAGGCAUAUCAUGUACCCUUCAUUAAGGAUAGGGUGAGCAUUUGAAGCAGGGUGCCUGACUAUGUGAGCACCGCUGCCCAAAUUAUAGCAAGUAGUUCAGCAGGGCACACCUCAAGUAAUCCCCCUAAAUUCUAUUUGGUUCCACUCUAGCUGAUAAGUCAACUACAUUUGACAACACUGAAUUCAGAAUAGUGUUUCCUAUAACAGUUUAAGAACCAAUUUUUAAAAAAGUCUGUAUUCUAGUAAUUAAGGAAGAUGAUACUACUUUUCUACUUUAGUAGUCAACCAUUUCCAGUUUCUAAAAGAAAUAAAAAUCAGUUCAAGACUCAAUACAAUAGGAAAUUAUAGCUGUAUAUAUGUUUUGUUAAUCUGUAACCAUUUCUAACUAUUUUUUCCACACAGACGUCAGCCUGUGAGCCCUCCUCCACCUCCAAGACCUAUCUCUCCGCCACAUACCUAUGGUUACAUUUCAGGACCUCUUGUAUCAGACAUGGAUACUGAUGCACCAGAAGAGGAGGAUGAAGCAGACAUAGAAGUGGCCAAGAUGCAGAACAGAAGGCUUCUUUUGCGUGGUCUUGAACAGACGCCAGCCUCAAGUGUAGGAGAUCUGGAGAGCUCUGUGACAGGUUCCAUGAUCAAUGGAUGGGGUUCAGCCUCAGAAGAUGACAAUAUCUCAAGUGGACGGUCUAGUGUUAGUUCAUCAGAUGGAUCCUUUUUUACAGAUGCAGAUUUUGCACAGGCUGUUGCUGCAGCAGCAGAAUAUGCUGGUCUCAAGGUAGCAAGGCGUCAAAUGCAGGAUGCUGUGGGAGGUGAGACUUCUUCACUGCUAUCAUAUAUUUAAUCAGGGAUUCCCAGUUGAUAAAUGAUUAGCUGUAAUCCUAAGCAAAUCUUUCUGAAAUACUGUCCCUAUGUGAAUCCUGUACACAUGUCAAAGUUUCAUAUAGAGAGUAAUAGUGUUGCACUAUUUUUAUAAUGUUGCACUAUUUUAGUGUUGUUAGCCGCCCUGAGCCCGGCUUCGGCUGGGGAGGGCGGGAUAUAAAUAAAAUUUGUUGUUGUUGUUGUUGUUGUUGUUGUUGUUGUUAUUAUUGAAAUUCCCUUGUAGUAUAUAGCCAUCUCAGCAAAGUCCAUCAUGCUUGUGUGAUUAACUGUGCUACACUUUCAAUUCAAAUGAAUACUUUUCAAAAGUACACACUGCACAGAUGAUUUUCUCUUACAGAAGUUAGCCAGGAGCCUAAGCUUAAGCAACACCCCUCGUCAUUCCAACGCAUGAAAACAGUGCAAACUUAAAAUACAUGUUCAUAAAAGCAAUAAACAGGCUGCAACAAACACAGCUAAAAAUCUUGUACCAAAAUACACACACACAUACACACUGUGCAAACAAUAAAAACAAAACAAGGUUAUAGGUUAUAAUAAAGACUGAGCAGCAAAGAACAUGAUUGCCCCCGACCCCAAAGGAAGUAAAGUAGGGAACAAGCGGAGACAAACCUAUCUCCAUCCAGGAGCAACAUCACUGGUGCUAUUCUACCCUAUUUCUUAAGAAUACAGAAUGUUGCUUGCACAAAAUGAGGCCACUGAUCCAUGUAGCUCAAGUACUGUCUACAGUAACUGGCAGUAGCUUUCCAGGGUUUCGGAUAUUUGUAUCUCAGAUCUCUUGCAUACAAAGCAGAUGCUCCACUACCGAUCUACAACCGCUCCCCAGAAAGGUCCUUUAUAAGGUACGAAAUUCACUGUGCAUCAUAGUACUAAAUGAGGAAGAACUACUAGUUUUUAUUCACACACACUCACUUCACUCUUCCAUAAGGAAUGGCUUCUCCUUUCCCUUUAAUACAAGUGGCACCUAUAUAUUCUUGUGAACACAAGCCCUCAGGGGCCUCUUGUCAGCAAUUCUAUGCUUUAUUGAGUUGAUGUGGAGAAUUGUUAUGUGAUCUCCAUGAUUUCAGUAAAACGAAUUCACCAGGCAAUCACAUUUCCUAAGUGCUGUACAUAUAUUAAGCAGUAAGACAGUCCUAGCCAACAGAGUUGGAAUCUAAUGGGUACGAUGCAAUAGGAAUGGGGAGGAAAAAGAAAAGGAAACCAUUGGAGCAACUGCUCCAGGAUGAAGCCAGGUUGACCACCUCUUGCCAUGAUGCCCUUGGGAGGCAGGUGGCAGAGCUUCCCAAUGGCCCUACGUCACCUGAAUGAUGUGAAAAGCUAGAACAUUUCUUCCUUCAGCUCUGAACUCCUAGGUAACUGGCAGUUGGAGCACGUUCACACAGCAGUAGGGGAUGCCAACCCCACUGCAGCUGUUAUGGCUAAUGACUGCGGCAAGGCUGGUCAAAAAGUAUAGUAUAGUGCAUGUACUUUGCAGGGCAUUUCUUUCUAUGAUGUACAGCUAAAGUAAAUAGUUACAGUGUUGGACUUGGACUAUGUUACCUUUCUUGAUCAGCCAUAAAACUCAGGAAGUCGCUUUCUCCUAGCUAGUGGCUGGGGCAACCCAGUCAGAUGGGUGGAGUACAAAUAAUAAUAAUAGUAGUAGUAGUAGUAGUAAUUGUUAUUGUUAUUAUUAUUAUUACCACCAACCUCAUAGCUGAGUUAGGAUAAAAUGGUGGACCUCAUAAGGGCCUCUAUGAGACGACGAUGAUGAUAAUGAUGACAAUGAAUUUAUUAGUCACUUGCCAUGUAAAGAUUCUCUUAAGCUACUUAAGAAAACUUUAAAAGCAUAACACAAAAUCAGAAGAAGAAAGAGCAACACGUUACAAUAAAAACCAUACAAAAAUCUAUGGAAAAGAUCUAGUAAAACUUUAUUUAUUGACAUGAUCUACUGCUAAACAAUAAACAAGGCAUGGCCUGGUGUACACUUUUGAUAACAAAGGUAAAAUUAUAAAGCCAAAGUUAAGGUAUAUAGUUUUAGAUUUAUUAGGCUCUCAUUUGCAAUCUAAGCAGUCUCCUCAAUGGGAUAGUCCACAGUUGUGUUUUCUAAUACUUAGCAAAUAAAAAGAAAGAAAAAAGAUAUGUAUAGUGAGGAAACCGCCUCCCAUAUUUUCCUCACUUGCUUCUAACCUUUUAAGCAAGAAACAUCUAAACAACCUUUUCCCACACUAUAAACAGUCAUAGCAUUUCUCGCCCAUGUGAGUCCUCUGGUGUACAAAGAGGGACACCUUCAUGUUGAAACGCAAGUGUAAAUUUGCUAUGGGUUACCUUGUGUGCCUCCUGCAAGUCUUUCCCCACACUCUGGUUUUUCCCCUGAUUCUCUGGUGCCUUAUCAAGUUGCUUUUAUCAUGGAAGCAACUUAGAUGAGAGGUGAAAUAAAAAUGUGAUGAAUCUAACCACUCACAAGAAAGAACAUGUUACAGUAUUUAUAACUUUUUCUCUCUAGCUUUUUUCAAUGGUAAAAACCACUGCAUUUCUAUUUUGUGCCAAAAAGUAAAUACAUUCCAAACUGUCUUAGCAAUUCAAAACUAUGGUAACUGUUGGUGAAACUUUAAGUAGCAGCAGCAAAGAAAUCCUAAGCCUUGGGAAGAUAACAAAUAUAUCAACAAAAGCUUCAUUGGGGUGGCAACAAUUUCAGUGGUUCCCUAGUGACAAGUACUGAAACUUAGGGUUGGUGAAGAUCAGAUACAAGAUUAAGUGGAAGAACCGGGCUGGCACAGGGAGGGUUUUCUUUGAUGGUACCGUAUUUUUCACUCUAUAGGACACACUUUUUCCCCACGAAAAAUGAAGGGGAAAUGUGUGUACGUCCUAUGGAGCGCAUGCAGGCUUUCGUUGAAGCCUAGAGAGCGAGAGGGGUCGGUGCGCACCCACCCCUCUCCGUCUUCAGGCUUCAGGAAGCUAUCUGCAAGCCUUCCCGGGAGUUCCCGCCGGGCUCAGAAGGCUUGCGGAUAGCAGCCUGUAGCCCGAAGCCCGGGGAAAACAGCGCUGUGCACCCCGGGCUUUGGGCAGCUAUCCGCAAGCCUUUGAAGCGGCUGGGAACUCCCGCCGGGCUCAGAAGGCUUGCGGAUAGCAGCAAGCUCCGGGAGCGAAGUGCUUGCCCCCAGCCCGGCAAGCUCCAGGAGCGACGGUGAGGUUGCGUGCAACUUCACCUUCCCUCCCGGACCCGUUCUGGGGGCUGGGGUCGGAGGAAGUUUGGGGUUCACCUGCCCCAGCCCCGCAGCUAAAAAGGAAGCCAAGAUAGCGAGCGGGAUUUUUUUUCUUUAUUUCCCCCCAAAAAAACUAGGUGCGCCCUAUAGAGCGAAAAAUACGGUAUAUACAGGUUUCAGGGAAUGUGACAAUUGUUCAAUAGUAGGUGGCUUGAGAAUGUUAUAAUAUGAGUUAUUAUACAGUGGUGCCCCGCAAGACGAAUGCCUCGCAAGACGAAAAACCCGCUAGACGAAAGGGUUUUCCGUUUUGCGAUGCACUUCGCAGGACGAAUUUCCCUAUGGGCUUGCUUCGCAAGACGAAAAUGUCUUGCGAGUCUUUAGAUUUUUUUUGCUUUCCCCCCCUUUUUUCUAAGCCGCUAAGCCGCUAAUAGCCUUUUAGCCGCUAAGCCUUUAAUAGCCGCUAAGCCGCUAAUAGCCUUUUAGCCGCUAAGCCUUUAAUAGCCGCUAAACCGCUAAUAGCGCUAAUCCGCUAAUAGGGUUGCUUCGCAAGACGAAAAAACCGCUAGACGAAGAGACUCGCGGAAUGGAUUAAUUUCGUCUUGCGAGGCACCACUGUAAUCUGAUUUACCUUGCAGGGUUAUUGAAAGGACUGCAAUCGAUAAUGCAUGUGAAAUCAUUUCAACAUUUGAAAAUGAUAUAUAAAUGUUAAAUAGUACAAUGUUUAUCUUGGUGCUGUUCCUAUCAAUUUACAUGUGUUUUGCUCUGUAAAUGUUCUGGAUAAAAAAAAGCCUUGCAUGUUUAUAUUAAUGUGACAUUGAAUCUAAAUAAUGCUAAUUAUAUAACUAUAUUUUUAUUUAUAGAAUCGAAAGACUAUUCUCGUUUCAGAGAUAAAGUAACAAAUUAUAACAUUGUGUGCCUCUUUGUUUCCAGGUCGUAGACAUUACCAUGCCUCGCACUGCCCCAGACCCACUAGCCCUGUCUCUACUGACAGCAACAUGAGUGCUGCUGUAAUUCAGAAGGUACGACCUGUCAGAAAGCAAAAGCACCAGCAAGGACAUCUACGAAGAGAAGUCUACACAGAUGGUAAACACUAUGUUCAGAUGUGCACACUUCUAGUGCAAAUACUGUAUUUUUGCAAAGCUUACAGUAAGUUACAUUAAGUGAAAAGUGGCUGGCAUUUCCUGAUGCUAUACAUAUUCAGCAUAGUCUAUCAUAAGCAUCAUUUCUGUUUUCAGUCUGUCCUGAAUUGUCCUGUACACACAUACAUUAAAAGUGCAUUUGUUUUCUCUAAUACCCUAAUCAGCCAUUAACUGUCACUAUUUUUUUGAGAGAAGACUGCAAAUGGGUACAAUAGUGGAAAAUAAUACAUGCAUGAGAUUAAAAUCUUCAUUAAAAUAAAUCUUCCAUAGUGUAAUUUUUCCCAUCACAGAAACAAUUUAGCAUUAAAAUAGCAGGCAGCAAAAUCGUUGAAUUUUAAUCCUAACCAUAGUAUUGUUCCAAGAGGUUACUUUGUGCACCAAAAGGCAGAAUCUAAUCAUCUCCUCUCAUGCCUUCACACACAAUAUCGACUCCUGCUGAAAAGGUAAUGCUUGUAUUCUCUGGGGAGUAUAGAAGGAUAAUGCAAACAUUGUGAUGUUGUCUAGAGAGAGCCUUUAAUGAAAAUGCCUCAGGAGGGCCAGCUUUUAUUAAACCACCACCUUUCAGUUUUAUAAAACAACCAAAGGGCUUUGUUGGAAAUUCAUGUAAGAUUUACCCAUCUUGUCAAGUUUUCUAAAUUCACUAAAGAGGAGGGGUUGCCAGCAGCAGUGGCAUCAUUUCCCCACCUCCUGGUUCUCAACAACAACAAUCUGAUUAGGACUUUCAUUACCAGUCAGAAAUUUUUCAAAGAGGGGCAUCAUUUGCCAUUAUCAUAUGAAAGCCUAAUAUUAUAGAUACUUAUCGAGGGUUACAAGAAGGGGUUUUCAAGCCACUUCUCCCUGUGAUUCCUGCCACUUGACAGAAAAAUUUAAUACAAAGCGCACAGCAUGAUGAGCAAAAGUAAUUUUGCAAUGAGUGGUUGUCCAUGCUAUUAUCUGUACUUUAUUCUGAGUAUUUUCUCUACUAGCAUCUAUCUGAUAUUAGACUACAUUAAAUACUGGCAUGACACAAUGCACCUGGGCCUCUUGGCUUCUGCCCAGGCUCCUUUUGUCACUGAAACUGAAUUGUCAGAAUAUUAUCUGAUUUCAAGAGGUUAUUAAAGCAGUUUUGUGCAUGCUUGUUUAUUUGGAGGGGUUUUUUUGUUUUGCUUUUUGGAAAGUGAGAAAUGCAUGGUAUAAAUCCCAGAACUAUGCAACUAAGUUUAUAUUUAUGGAACCCUUGUAAUGGCUUUUUGUGAGAAUUUAUAGAUGUCUUAACAGGUUUAUUAGUUUUAAGUGGGAGCCCCUAUGUGAAAAAUUGAGUAAGCAUCAAACCGUGAUAUGAAAACAUCUGUGCUGGCUAGAAUACCAGAAAAGAAAUCUUGUCCAGAGCUUUAUAUAGUUAUUUUGGUUUUGGUUUUUUUCUAAAAGAAGAAUUAAAUAACUGAGCUGCAUUUGUUGGUAAUUUUCUAUUAAAAGUUUUUAUAUUAUGCUAGUCUGCACAGCACUGUAAUUUACAAAAUUGCAGCUGUUCUGAUAAACUUAAUCAGUAUGUAGUUUGUGUUCUCGUGCAUGUGCUUAUUUUAGCACAUUUUAUAAUUAGACAUGAAUUUCCUUGAACCUGUGUGUGAUAAGGUGGUCCAGAAUAUGUAAGCCAUGUAGCAACAGGAAGUUAUUCUCUGAUAAUUGAAAUAGUAAUAAAAACUGGCUAUUUGAUUAUUUUUGGAUACAGUAUCUAUCACACUGUAAAGCAGACAGCAAGUGCAUUAAAGUAAUACCUGUGUUCAACAGGGUAUGACAUCAUAUAACUAAUUCCCUCCCUUAAGCGGGAAACAGUAAAGCAGACAUGUUUGAAACAUUUGACCUUUACUAGUUACCCAAGAAUUUCUUGUAUUUGAUGACAUGCUGAGAUUUAUUUCUUUUCAGAAUAAGAGCAGUGCUUUAAAAAAAACAAUGAAUGCAGUAAUCUACAGGAAAGCAAAAGUGUUUGCUACAGACCAGCCUUUUGAUGAUAAUAAUACUUUUGAUGGAGGAUACUGAUUACUUCAUCAUAUUAACUUGUGUAUUUAACCAAAGUUUAGCAAAUAUUUUAUUUAUUUUUCAUUCACUCAUCUUUACAGGUCCAGCUCAAGCUUUUCUGAUGCUUGAAUUGGAGCCCAAAUGACAUUUUCCACUUGCCAACCCCCACUAGGGCCAAUACUGGGGGGGGGGGGGGAUCCUAUCUCCCCCCCCCCCCAUGGUGCCACCUAAAGCAAGUAGCUUCAUUUUAUUACAUUGUGGGGCCAACACUGUCACUAAAAUUGGCUAAAAUUACUACGUUUAGCAAUAUACUUCCAGUCCUACAUGGGUGGUCUCUUUCAGAGGGUGAUGCUUGGGGAGUGGUGUUUGGCCCAGGGAGCCUUCAAUGUGGGCUUCUGCAGGUUUCCAUUUUAUCCCCAUGCUGUUUGACAUCUGCAUAUUGUUCUCAGCAAUAUGCUCCUUUACAUCUGCAGAUGUGGGCAAUGGAUAUGCUGGACUGCUGUCUUACUUCAGUAAUGGACUGGAUGACAGCCAAUAAGCUCAAUCCUGAUAGGGCUUAGGCACUCUUAGUGGGUGGUUCCUUAGACCAGAUGGAUGGGAGGUGGCCUGCUCUUGAGAGAGUUAUACUCUCACUGAAGGAGCAGGUCCAUAGCUUGAUGAUGAUGAUAUAAUUUAUUAUUUAUACCCCGCCCAUCCUGCUGGGUUUCCCCAGCCAUUCUGAGCGGUUCCCAACAGAUUAAAAACAGAAUGAAACAUCAAACAUAAAAAAAUUCCCUAAACAGGGUUGCCUUCAGAUGUCUUCUAAAAGUCAGAUGGCUGUUUAUUAUUGACAUCUGAUGGGAGGGCGUUCCACAGGCCAGGCGCCACUACUGAGAAGGCCCUCUGCCUGGUUCCCUGUAACCUCACAUCUUGCAGUUGGGGCAUGGGUUUUGCUUAAAAUAUUGUAAGUCACUUUGAGUUGCCAUGGCAAAAAAGUGACCAAUAAAUAAUGACAAUAAUAAAUGUUUCUUCUUGCUAUUGUAUAAGUUUUAUUUAAUAGUGGUUUGUGGAAGACUGGGGACCCACAAGUGGUAUUAACUUUUCUGAAUUUAGUUUAUACUCUUAGGCAUACUCAAUAUAUUUGAUGCUUCACUGACCGCUUCACUGAACAAUUUACUUGCGUCAUUUACCUUUAUAGGAGGUUACAUUGAGAUUUUGUAACUAGAAAAGAAAUUAGAAGCUCUUUUGACACUGGGAAUGAUGGGAAUUGACUACAAGCCCCAGUAUCAUUAUUACCCUGGCAGGAAAAUAUUCUACACACAUGAUUUUCCAAGGGACAGAGAAGCACACAGGACCGCUUCUACUUGCUACUACCUUCACUUGUCCUCAAAGCUUUCUCCCCUUGAUGCGGGGAAGGUAGCAAAGGGAUGGCCAGUAAUUAUUCCUAAGUGUUAGCCAGUAAUGUUCACAGCGCAUGUUUCAUGACUUUUGUGCUUGUCCAUCACUAAUUCUGUGUGGCUGGAUGUUGUGUCAGUUGCUGGGCUGAUUUAUUUUUCAUGGUUUUUUAUUAUUUCAAAGGCCACCAAAGGUCAGCAUUUUUGUGCUUAUUCACAGCUAUUGUUCCUCAAAAGGCUGCUGCUUCAGUGAUUUUUAAAAAUUAUUGCUGUGUUCCCAAUGAGUUCAAGCAAGUAUGCUGUUACCACAAGCCGAUAUAACCAAUCAGAUUUGGCUUCAUGGUAAAGUCAAUAAAUGUAUAUAAAGGCGCAUUACACACACUUCAUUGUUUCACCUUGUUGCUGAGCAGUGAUGGAACAAACACCUGGAUUUUAAAAAGCUUUUACUGCUGCACAACGGUUUCUUGAUUCUGUUUAGUAUUCCAUAAUAUACCUCCAAAAUUUUCAUUGAAUUGUUGCAAAAUACUACACACACACAUACAAAAAGGAACGGCACUUUCUGAGGGUGCAAGAAAAUAUUGAAGAAAUUCAUAUGGUUCAGCUCAACAAAACUUACAUGUUGGAUUCUCAUUUGGUAAAAACCCCUUCACAUUUUUAUUUAGAAGUUAAAGAUAACCAGCUUAUAUACUUCCAUUUUCUUAAGCAAACUGGUGGAAACUUACCACCAGGCACAAAUUUGUUAAUUGAGAAUGGCAGCAUUAGCUUAAGUCUUUGAACUAUGGUUGUUUGGAUUUUAUUCUAUCACUAAGUGCAAGCUCUCACAAGGUCAAACACUGAGGUAAAGUGUAAUGAUUUUUAUGGGAACUGCAGUCUUCAAAAUUUUCUAAGGACGGAAACUUACAGCAUUUUUUUUUUAUUUACUUACUUAUUGUUUUUAGCAAAAUUAAUAUACCAUUUGGUGGUGAGAUGGCUCAGGUGGCUGAUGGUGGGCAGCUCAGGAACCCUAUGCCCUCUACUCCAAGGAACAGGGUCCAAUAAGAGGUGCUUUUGCCCAGAUGCCCAGACAAGGACUGAGGGGUCAUAGCACUCCACCUAAAAUUGUGGUCUUGGAUGGUUGCUCUGAUUUGCUGUAUAACAGGCUUCCUCAACCUCGGCCCUCCAGAUGUUUUGAGACUACAGUUCCCAUCAUCCCUGACCACUGGUCCUGCUAGCCAGGGAUCAUGGGAGUUGUAGGCCAAAAACAUCUGGAAAGUCAAGGUUGAGGAAGCCUACUGUAUACCAUAGGGUGAUCCAUAACCCAGAAUCCACCCUGCCAAACAAUCAACCAGUAGCCGGGUUGGUUGAGUCAGGAUUCACUCCCAAUGUCUAUGCCAAAAUCUACUGACAUCUGUUAUCAAAAGGCUAUAGCCUGUUCAAAUCCCAAGAGGGUGUCCUAUGAUUAUUAUAUCUGUGUCUUGCCCUCUCUGCUGGCCGUGGGCUCAAUGUGCCUGGGCCCACAACUUUUGGGCUGAGCAAAAACUUUAUUACUUAUUUUUUAGCAAAAUUUAUAUACUGCUUGACUACAACAGAACCUCUAUGUGAUUUACAAGAAAUAUUAAAAUAAUGACUAAAAUAGUUAAAAAUGAGUUAUUAAAACAUUUUAGAAACAAUUGAAAAGAGAAGUAAACUAAAGAGAGAAUAAAACAUGUCAACAUCUAUGUAUUUGGGUAUGUUUGCCUUAACAAAAAUGUUUCAAACAGGCACCAAAAAUAAUACAAUUGGUUACUGUACAGGCAGAAAUAGCCUUCUUGGGUUUUGGAUUGACACAUUUUUACUGAUUCAAGGGAUUUGUGAUCUAUAUAUUUAUAUAUAGAUCUAUAUGUACUACUGUAUCUUAAAAAAUAUAUCACAGCAGUUUACAACAAUAUAAAAACAUAAAACAAGACAAUAAAAUAAUGGAAACUUAAAAAUCUGCAAUAUCUUUACAUGUAAAGUACACCCAGCUAAGAAAUUCAAACUGUUUUAGAAGUGGAAAUAAUGUAUAACAAUAUACCGUAUUUUUCGCUCUAUUGGAUGCAGUUUUUCCCCUCCAAAAAUUGAGGGGAAAUGUGUGUGCGUCCUAUGGAGCGAAUGCAGGCUUGUGCCAUAGCCGCGCACAACCCCUCCGGCAGGGAGAGGCUGCACGGGGCUAUGGAUUCUUUAGCCCUGUGCAGCGUCUCCCGGCAAGGAGAGGCUGCACGGGGCUAAAGGGGAAGCCAAAACAGCAAGCGGGAUCCAUCCCGCUUGCUGCCUUGCCUUCUUCCAUAGCUGUGCGCAACCCCUCCGCAAGGAGAGGCUGCACAGGGCUAUGGCUUCUUUAGCCCUGCGCAGCGUCUCCCGGCAAGGAGAGGCUGCACGGGGCUAAAGGGGAAGCCAAAACAGCGAGCGGGAUCCAUCCCACUCGCUGCCUUGCCUUCUUCCAUAGCUGUGCGCAACCCCUCCGGCAAGGAGAGGCUGCACGGGGCUAAAGGGGAAGCCAAAACAGCGAGCGGGAUCCAUCCCGCUCGCUGCCUUGCCUUCUUCCAUAGCUGCGCACAACCCCUCUGGCAGGGAGAGGCUGUGUGCAGCCUGUACGCUGCUCUAUGGGGCUGGGGGGGGGAAUAUUUUUUUUCUUGAUUUCCCUCCCUAAAAACUGGGUGCGCCCUAUGGUCCGGUGCGCCCUAUGGUGCGAAAAAUACGGUACAACAUUCCAGUUUUAGACUGAAAAUAUAUCUUAUAUGAAACUAUUUUAAUUUUCUUUGACUCUUACACUUGGAAUUAUUUCACAUAUCUAUUUGCAUUUUCCUCUUUCAAUUUUAAACUGCCGGCUGGGUUGAUUUUUCCUCCCCAAAAUUAUUUUUCCCAUGGUUCCUAUAGCCUCUCAUUUAAAGUGUUGAAAAUUCACGUAAGGAAGAUUUUCCCUGUAGGACAUGCUAUAAAAUAGCAUCGGUUAAUUGUUUUUCUUUAAGCGGGUAACAAUGCAGCAGCAAUAUGCAGACAUGUAUAAAUGAAAUAGUUGAGCACAGCUGACCUUUUCUAGUUACCUCUGGGUUCCAUAUAUUGGUUUGAUGUCACUGUGUGAUUUAUUUUUUAUUUCUCACCAUGGAGGCCUCCAUUUUCUUUUUUAAUAAGUAAGUGUGCCAGUUUGCAGCAGACAAGGCAGAUUGAUUCUGGAUUUUCUCUGUGAUUUGAGCUGUUAAAUAAAUACUGCAGAGGUGAAAUAGUGUUGACCUCUGAAAAGUUUCCUUUUUUGAUUUGAAGGAUUCCUCUCAGCAAGGAAUGGUUGGUUGUAAUGAAAGUUUCUCUACCUUCUCUGCAGGUUGUGAUAAAGCUUUCUCUAAAGAGCAUAUCACUUUGUGGUGGUCAUUACUGGCAUACAUCAAAUUGUAUUUUUAACCAAAAAAUUGCUACUAGGCCACUUUCUCUUUAAAUACUAUCAGCGUUCUGUUUAAUCGCUGUGUGUCACAAUAUAUCCCUGGUUAUACAUUAAAUUGAAGAGUUGGAGAUUGCCUAAUUUUUAAAUGCCUGUCCUUAUUACUGUUACAUGGGCUAUCUUCAACCACAUUUUAUUAUCAGUAGUCUUUCUUCUUGGUCAACAUUAGUUCCUUAAAAAGGAGCCAUAAUUAUGGGGACACCUGGGUGUCCUUACUGACUUCCUAUGUGAUUCUAUGGUUUUUGUUUAUUGGAAAAGUAGGUAAUAUGCAUGUACAGAACAAUGUGUGCUUGGUCUUCCUCUAUUAAAAUGAAUUAGCAAGGUCUUGCCUGCCAAGGAAGCUAUUUGCAAGGUUGGUUCUUGUUUUUCUGCCUCCAGCCUAUUAAGUAGACUCUUGUGCAAUCAGACACUAAUGUAUUUAAAAUAUAUUCAGAAUUUUGUAAGAGCUAAGCAUUUGAGAGAUGGGUGCAUCCCUUGGGAUUUAUGAACAAAAUGAUGAAUUGCAUCCAGUGGCAUCUCUCCACUGAUGGAAGGCACUUUGAUUCAGUAGGGCCUCCAUCAGCAGUACAGGGAGAUAGGUGCCUUUUACCAAUUCCCCCUUCAGCACUCAGUGUUUCUCCUAGCCUGCUCCAAAGGUUUGUAGGAUCCUUUGAAACAGAGUGUGUGGGGAAUCAGCAAAAUUUGUCUCCAUCUGAACUCUGCUGAUGGAACCUUCCGUGGGAUCAAGCCAGAGGACAUCAUUGGAUACAGUUUGAUAGCUCUAUUAAACAAUAACAUCUAAAAAUAAAGAUAGCUAUUCAGUGAAAUUUUAAGAUAGUUCAAGUUCCAGCAAAAUCUGUAGGACUAUAUUAUACCACAGUAACACGUUAACCAGCUAAGACUCAGGACCUAUCUUUAACCCAAAUCUCUAGAACUGGCACUACUCUUGAUUUGCUUACAGAAUGUUUGUCUUUCUUAUUUUCUCCAUAACUCCAAAAAGAAAGAGCGCUUGUGUUUUUCAUAAUUGUAUAAAGAGUCAUUUUGGACAGGGUAAUUGCUGUGUAAGGCUGAGUAAAGCUACAUCGAAGGUCCUUCUACAUAAUUAUUAACCUAUGAAAAUGUCUUAUGGCACCUUAAAGACAUACGCUCUUGUGGAGUAGAAUGCCACAUACUUAACACAGUUAUGUCUCUGGAAGUAAAGAACUCUUCGCACAAUCUUCAUCUUUCCAGUCACUUAAUUCUUAUUCAUUUUACUCAACAAAAUCACAGGUAUCACUGAGCAGGAUGGGGUGUUAUCUCCUCCUGGAAAGUUAGGAUUCCAAACUGGCCCAGUUUUUAGCAGCAUUAUGGCAACCAAACUAUUCAAAUAUUUCGAAGUUUAAAAAUAAUUAUUCUCCAAACUGUAGUUGAGCUAGGUAUACCUAGCUCAACUACAGGUAUACCUAGCUCAACUACAGUUUGGAGAAUAACUAUUUUUAAACUUCUAAAUAUUUGAAUAGUUGGUUACCAUAAUAUAAAGUUUGUGUAUGUAUAUAGCAAGGGACGCAGGUAGCACUGUGGUCUAAACCACAGAGCCUUGGGCUUGCCGAUUGGAAGGUCAGCGGUUCGAAUCCCCACGACGGGGUGAGCUCCCGUUAUUUGGUCCCUGCUCCUGCCCACCUAGCAGUUCAAAAGCACGUCAAGUGCAAGUAGAUAAAUAGAUACCUCUCCGGCGAGAAGGUAAACGGCAUUUCCGUGCGCUGCUCUGGUUCGCCAGAAGCGGCUUAGUCAUGCUGGCCACAUGACCUGGAAGCCGUCUGCGGACAAACACCUGCUCCCUCAGCUUAUAAAGCGAGAUGAGCGCGCAGCCCCAAAGUCGUCCUUGACUGGACCUAACGGUCAGGGGUACCUUUAAAUUUACCUAUGUAUAUAGCAGGCUUACAGUUCCAGCCUCUUUCAGCAGGAAUUACAAUAUUUUAAAUGCAAACUUUGUCUUCCACGGCUGGAACUACUCCUAUGGCACGGACACUUUUAAAAAGUAUUGCAAGUAUUUCUCUCAAAGGCUACUGGGUGUUUGCAAGGGCAGUACAACAGCAAACCAUUGUAACAAGGUGGGGCAGAGGGUACAAGGACAGAAACCACCAAUAGUUUGUAGAAGUGGGUGUCUCGCUCUUGCUCUCUACAUCUAUAUUAUGGAUCAGUAAACAAUAGUUUCCACGUUAAGCACAAUUAUAUGGGGGGGUGUACACACACACUCAAACGUACCCACCAUAUAAUUGUUUAAAACAAUUGUUUAAAUGGUUUACAGUUUUUGAAAGUUUUAGUGCUGAUCCUCAAGAUCUGUUUGCAUCAUAUCAAUGCUUCCAAUAACAGAAAGCCAGGCUCAUUUUUUCUCAUCAGCUGUAUAAUAAACUUUUAUUCAUAUGUAAAAUAAAGUGGAGAACUGUUCUUUCUACUAAUAAAUGCCCUAUAGACAUUGUUGCUGUGGAGAAAUUGUCACAGGUUUAUUAGAAUGGUUUCCUGUUAUUUCAUUGGCCUUUUUUAUAUUUCUUGGUACAUUCAUAGCCAAACUAUAUCUGUGUUCUUUUAAUUUUAAUCUCUACAGUAGUGUUCACUGGCUCUCUUCCCCCUUUGUGCAUGUUGGCUGACAGGAAAUACCUGACAGACCCAUUAAAUGGAAGGCACAGCUGCUCUGAGAUUUAUAAAGCAUUGUUAUUUCCUUUUUGGGACACAUUUAUUGCAAACUGCAGGAGCAGGGAUUUUAAAAUUUCACUCUUCCUCAUUGUGCAAUAGAUGCACUUGGGAUGAAUGCUUUACAAGCACAUGACUAUUAUUUACACCUCUCAUGGACCCAUUUUCCACAGCCUGCUCCUUUUGAUGUAUACCUGUCAUUGGCAACCAGUGCUCUUGAUGCAAAGCAGCCUUGUAUCUUACUUUCCUCAAGUGGGCUUUGAAGCCUUUCUGUACUUUUAUGAUACUGAUGUGUGCUAUUAUGCAUCACUUAACAGCAUUUUUAUUUUUAAGCUGUUAAUUGUUAAUGAAGGAACAGAAAUAGCAUGAAGAACACAUAGCUGUUUAAAAAAAAUGACUGUUUUCUAAAAAAAAAUGUUCUUUAUAUUUGAAAGCUAUAUAAAAAGGAACAUUGAUAGGUUCUUUGAAGCUUCAGUGCUCCACUUUUCAUUCCCUGCCUUAAGUGUCACAUUUGUCUGCUUCUUAAUGCCAUAUAUCUUUUUUGCCAAGUUUAUAUCCAACAUACAGACCUACAAUCAAGACAUUUUCCCUAUUUCAAUGAAUACUAUUUUAAAGUAAGAUUUGCACCCAGGAAAGCCCUUGGCUUAUAUUGCCAUGUGUCAUACAAUAAAAUAACUAUCCAUUUCUAUCAAUAUUUCAAUAUGUUUUUACAUUUUACUUUAUAUAAACCAGUUCAAGCCCCGAAACAGUCUGAAUCACGGACAGAGGCUUACAAUAAUGGUUGAGCUCCAUACCCUUUUUUCUUUCACACCACCACCCCUUUUCUAACUUUUAAAAAACUAUAAACUCAUACAAAGAUGGCAAUAAAAUUGUUAACAUGAUAGUUAAUAAAAAGUAGCAUUAAGUAAUCCCAGAAGAAGAGUUAUAACAUCUCUUUGAUGACUUUACAUUAAAAAGACCAUUCUGUUAUUUGUUUUACCCAUGUAUUCAGGAACAUGUAACUAUAAUUGUGCGAGGUUGGAGAGCAGAGCCACACUCGCUCCCUUUCCAGUACUAUUCACACAUUCUAGGCAUCUCUGCAGCCAUCCUGAAACACAUGCAGAGGCUGUCCCUAUGAGCAGAACUCUGUGCAUGCUGUUGUCACUAGAUUGAUUUGGAAGCCCCCCUCCCGCCCCCCACUAACUUAGGGGUCUAUUUUCUAAAGAUUUUUUUGUACUUCUGCAAGCCUUGCAUUUCCCCAAGCCUGCUCUGGUAUAUGAAUACAGCGGUACCUUGGGAUGCGAACGGGAUCCGUUCCGGAGCCCUGUUCGCAUCCUGAACAGAACAUAAGACGCGACUGCGCAUCUGCGCUCGUCGUGUUUCGCUGCUUCCGCGCGUGGCGUCAUUUUGACCAUCUGCGCAUGCGUGAGCGGCGAAACCCAGAAGUAACAUGCUCCGUUACUUCCGGGUCGCCACAGAGCACAACCCGAAAAUACUUAUCCUGAAGCGUAUUUAUCCUGAGGUAUGACUGUAGUGCUUUUUAGCUACAUAAGGAUCUGAACUUACCAAAUGUUUAUGGCAUUUAACUUUUCUUGGUAAUUUCCUAACGCAGAGAGAUAAAAUUAUUCUUAGUAUUUCUACACAUUUUGGAAGCUAAGAAACAUGAAGUUGAUUUAAAUGAUUUUUUAAAAAAUAAUUUCAGCUAUUUUCUCUUUUCACCCUUUUGUAGACCUACCACCGCCACCAGUACCGCCACCUGCUAUAAAAUCUCCCACUGCUCAGUCCAAAUCUCAACUGGAGGUACGGUCCGUCAUGUUGCCAAAGUUGUCCUCUAUAGACCCAAGAACAGAAAGGGCAGUGGAAAGAAAAGGGCCGGGCUAUAAGGGGAAAGAAGGAGCUGAUGGCCGUCAGCAUUCUGACAUGCGGACAAGUUCAGGGGAGCGCCGAGAAUCACAGGAACAGCAAAGUGAAGGCAAACCGCGAGGAAACAAAGCAGCAAGGCGAGAUGGCACACCAGCAAAAACACAUAUUCUCCAAGGUGACUUGAUACACUGGGCAAAUGCUAUAAGCUUUUUCUGCAAUAAUGACGUUGUCUCCGCUUAGUCACCCAACUAGAUUCUCCACUGAAAUGAAAGCUUAGAAGAACUCUCUCUUUGUAAUAUACGCACCUCCUGAAAUUUAAUAAUAUAAAACAAAACAAACAAAAAGGUAGAGACCAAACUUUGCAGCUAGGAAAUGUGAAAGAGAAAACCAUAAACAAAUAAAAACCUUUAGAAAUCUAAUGUCUCCUAUUCAUCCAAACAGCACUGUAUCCUGGCAUCUCAUGGGUUACGGUAACCCCUGAAAAGUAAUUUCCCUUGCAUCUUAAUCAUUUACUUUCUGUCAGAAACUGAAGUGAUUAGCUGUUUUUCUUCAGAUUCCUAAAAGGAAAAGGUACAGCAAAGCCAACUCAAUCCUUUCUAAAAAUGUGAAGAGCAUGAUGACAAAAGAAAGGUAGUUUGGUUUCUGGAUACUUAACUACAAACAUCAAGCUAGAACAUGUUACAAAAGCCAUAAAUGACUCAUACCAGACAAACAUAAUAUAUUUUUAUGGCAGCCAGUAAGGCCUGAUUGAAGAAUGUAUAUGAAGGUAUCUAUAUAAUAAGCCUUUGUAAAAGCUGUCAUCAAAUAAGCAAACGAGUCCCGAUACUAUCUAACCAGGGCAGAAAACUACGAAAUAGAAAUUGGGUAGUAAAUUGGUUAAGUGGGCACAAAAGCAAGAGGUCUGUAAAUGACAAUGGGUCACAAUAAAGUGAAGUCAUUAGCAAGAUACACCAAGAAUGGUGCUGCGAUUGUUGUUUUUCAAUUUAUAUAUCAAUGGCAUAAAUGCCAGUGGCAAAACUUGGUGGUGAAAUUGGAAACACUGUUAAUGUUUAAGUAAUUUUUCACUUAAAAAACAGUGUUGACCUAGGCUUGUGUGUAAUUUGUUAAAUUCUGCCUUAUCAUUUAACUAUGAGUUUGACCAAACUGUGGGAGGCAGUGGAAGACAGGAGUGCCUGGCGUGCUCUGGUCCAUGGGGUCACGAAGAGUAGGACACGACUAACCAACAAUAAUUUAACUUCACUGUCACACAGAACAGUUCAUUUUCAGCUUCUUUGAAGCGUGGUGUCACAAUAUACCUGAAAGUGAUCACUACAGCCCUUGCAGAUUAUCCCACACGCAGUGAGGAAGGGCUCAUGAUCAUGCCAACUAGCCUUGCUUCCUUUAGCAACUGGAUGUCUGGCAGUAGUGUGCAAAACUCCUGUAUUCAGCAGCCCCAGGCAUAGCUGUCAACUUACAGAUUUGAAAAUAAGGGACCAGCAGCCUUGAAAAUAAGGGACCAGCAGCCAAAAUAAGGGACCUGCAGCCUCACCUGUUCCAGGCACUCCAGUCUUCCUGUCCUCCUGCAGUCUGGUCAAACUCAUGCUGGUAGCUUCGAGAACACUGUCCAACCAACUUUGUAACCAGAGGUUCAACUGAAUUGAAUCUGAAUCACAUGCACCACAAGGCCUAUGCAGCCUCAACUUAAGAUGGCUCCCGGCCUGGCUUUGCACUGCAAAGUUUGCAGCAGCACGUGCAACAAAAUGGCGUCCAGCAUUCAAAACCCCCUCAGCUUGCAUUAACUAGCCACACACAAGGCAUGCAAGCUCCACCCCCAGUCGUUCUUAGACUUCUUAUUGGGUGAGCAACACAGCCAAGCAACACAGUUGGAGCCUCCCUCCUCCCUGGCCGGCAGGGAGGGAGGGAGGGAGGGAGAGGAGCUGCUUCCUUUGAAAUUUAAGGGACAUCAUUUAAGGGACAUUUAAGGGACAUCCAUCAAUAAGGGACAGCAGCGGGACAUGGCGCUGGAAUAAGGGACUGUCCCUUCAAAUAAGGGACACUUGACAGCUAUGGCCCCAGGAAAUCAGGGCUCCAACCUGCCCUAUGUAUUUAUAGCUGUACUAUAUACACACAUAACCCCUUUCACACUAACACUGAAUAUAUGGCUGCCAAAAAAGGUGUGGACAGAGGUGCAUUGGGGAAAUGACUUCUUCUGACCUCUUCUUGCUCAACACCUUUUUAAAUCCACUAUCCUCCCUUAUCUCAAUCUUCCACCACCAUGCCCAGAGUCUCACUGAUAUUAUAUACCAUCAUUCUGGCUGUGUCUCCAUAGAUAUUUGUAUAUAAGUGCGCUUGAAAACAUAGCACAGAGACAUGUGUAUCCUUGCAAAAUGAGAACGGCUAGGCGUUGGUUUUCAAGAUCCUCCAUUAUCACACAGUUGUAUGUGCAUGUAGGUAGCUCCGCCCUUUCCCAUUCACCCCAAUGUACACAUUCAUUCUUGGUCACUUGUUUUCCAGCAGUGUUGUACAUAGUAGCCGCUCAUGUUGAAAAGCAUUCAGGCCAGCGUCUUCUCUUAGCUUGUUAUUUUGCCCACUUCUAUUCUGAGAGAGAAACAUUUGGGAGCUUUUGUGUCAUAGAAGAGGUCGCAGCAAGUUCUGCCGAAAAAGAAGCCUAUUCCUUUUCUUCCAUUCAUCUUUUUAUAAUAGCAACUCUUCCAGUCUACAUCUGGAGGAGAGAGCAGAGAGAUGUGCAGGCACACAGAAUGUGCUGGGAGACAGACAAGUGUAAUCAACUGCAAUUUAUAUUUGCUAUUUCCAUUGCUCCAAUGCUAAAACAAUCACUUAAGUACAAAUGCAGUACUAAAAGACAUUGUGUGUUUCAAAAGGCAUUUUUGUCUAUGGUAAUAUUAAUACAUGUGUAAUUCUCUCCUUAGAGGAUAUUCUGCCAUAUUGUAGACCUACAUUUCCAACAUCAAACAACACUAGAGAUCCUAGUUCUUCAAGUUCUAUGUCAUCCAGAGGAUCAGGAAGUAGACAAAGGGCAGAACAAGGAAAUCUAGGUCGAAGAAAUGUGGCAGAAAUGCAGGUAUUUGGAACAUAUGAGCAAGGAGAGGAUGAAGAAGAAUUACAGGUAAUAUGUGUUUCUGAUAGUCACUAGGGGGGAAUCUUUUGUGAAAAUACAAAUGCUUAUUCCUCAAAGCUAGUUUUCUUUUUAUCCCUUAAUUGGAUACUCUACAGAGACUUUAGAUUUUUGGUCUCAUCAGGUAAGUAUAAUCCCAAUUGGAGCACUGUUUCAUAUCUAUUUAAUCUCUAAACCACUAAUCUAUGAGCGCCACAGAAAUUUUAAGUUCUUAACUUUCGUUACAAUUUUUUGUUACUAAUUACAUUUAAUAUAAGGCACAAUACAAAAUUAAUGCUGAACACAGCUUAUCUUAGUAAUUGUGCAUGAAAAUACGAUAUGAUAUCUUAUUAUAGAAAUGAGGCAACAAAAUAUGAAAUUCAAAGCAUUAUACUAUAGCAAUAUUAUGAUGGAAAGAUGUACAGUGGUACCUCUGGUUGAGGACAGGAUCUGUUCUGGAGCUGCAGUCAGAACCUGAGGUUUCCGCAACCGGAGGGACAGCUUCUACGCACACAUGCGCGGCGGUAGAGCGCAUCUGCGUGUGGCAAAAACCUGGAAAUAUACUUACAGGUUUGCCGCUUACGUAUCCCGAAGUUUACAUAAGCGGAGGGAAAUGUAAGCGGCGGUAUGACUGUAAUUUGUAUUUCCUAAUUAUAUGAAACUUUUUUAAAAGUAUUUUUACAGCAGUCAAAACUAAUCAGUUUUUAACUACUGCUUAAAUCAUAAUCUACUAUAUUGUGAAACAAAAUUAUUUUAGUAAGUAUAUUCUCCAGAAUAGCAUAAAUUAUUCUGAGUGAGAAGGCAAGAAAAUACCCAGAAAAUACAUCAUGUGUUGUUGUUUUUUAAACAGGAAACUGAAAGCUGA